AUGAGUGACAGAACGAGGAUGAAGAGGGCAGGCAAGAUAAGAAGACGGAGGGGGCAGGCGGGAUGGCAGAAGGAGGAAGGGAGGGUGAGCUUCCGACAAAAGGAAGUGGGAGACAGUCCAGUAAAACACAUGGUGAGGGAGCGCAUGUGUGUGCGUGCAUGUGUGCGUGUGUGUGCACAUGAAAUCCCACACAUGUUGCAGCAAUAACGUGGUGCAAGUGGUAGAUGGUCACAGCCCCUAAUAGCAUUAUAUCACUUGAUGCCAAAUUUGAAAUAUACGCUAGAAGGCCAGAUUGCAGGCUGUUAGGGAUUUAAUUCUAAAUUAAGCCUCUAUGGAGAAAAUUUGCAUGUAAAUCCAUGUACCAAACCAUUACUUGGUGUGUGAACAACAAUUAAAAGCAUUUAAAUCAGGGAGUCAAGUCUUCUCAGUGUGUGCAUGGAGAGCUCAUAAAGACAAGAGAAAACACAAAGAAGUGUGCUCAAAUGGAGAUGAUCAUUAUUGAAAUGCACCUCCUCAAGGCUGUGAUGUUUAUAAUAUAGCUGAUAUCUACACUCACAAGCACACACACGCAGACACACACAAAUGCUCACUAAAAAGGGCAAAGUGUGAGAGCAGAGAAAGCAAAAGAGUGCUGAUAAAACAGUGUGAGUGAGUGACAGACUGAGUGAGCUCCUUCUACAUGGCCACUGGCCUUGAAGCCUGUCAGCUCCGGCUGGCACAUUUGGCAAAAAGGAUGCCUGCUCUGACUUCUCAAAGCUACAAUGCAUUUCACUUUUACCCAAACAGCUGUGCAGCUUGUUUUGCUUUUAUGGCACAGCUCAGUUAACCUCUUCUCUCCAGCUCAAAGGAAAAACAUGCUUUGUCCAGCAGCGGAGGGCCACUAACUGAGAGUGUGUUUUCCAGUUUAGUUUGAUGCACUCACAGAGGUGAAGGUCAGUGAUUACAGACACAGUGACUCAUGAUUGUGAUUCAUAACGGCACAUAAUGGUCAUCUCAUACCUCUGUGGCUGCAGUAAUGGCCACCUUUACCUGCGUCCUACGAAGAUGAUUUAUGACUGUGGUGACAUGAAUGGAGAUCACUCGUUGUAUUACCAAGUACGAGUACUCCAAAGUAAUCAAGAAUACUUAAAAACUCGCUUUGGGUGCCAUUUAUUGACUGUAAAUAAAGAUGGACAACAUGCUUGCAUCUCUCACACACAAUAAAAAAGUGACACCAAAAUGCUGCUUAGACUGGGAUUGACAUAUUGUGCUGAUGAUGUGCCCAGAGUGUCACGACAUGCAGGGUUCAACAAAGAAAAAGACUUUUUUUUUAAAAGAACAAAAUUUAAAAAAAAAAGCAACAAAAAAGAGAAAAAUCCAAAAGGCAAAAUCCACAAAAAUCACUGGGGAGCAACUGGGGACACAGGCAUACGUAGACAAACAUACAAUGGACAAACAAAGAAACAGGGGAAGACGGGGACUAUAUUUACACACAGGGAAACGAGCAACAGGUGAGGCAAACGAGCAACAGGUGGGGCAAACGAGACAAAGGUGAAACUCAUGGGUGAUUAACGAAGUAGGGAAAACUAGGGAAGUAAAACCAGACUAGAAACACAAGGCAACAACUACUACAAAAUAAAACCGGAAAAACUGCACAUAAGGGAAGCGGGGUCAAACACAAACUGAAAACUCACAAGACAAGACUACAGAAGAACAGGAACGAUAGGGAACAGAAACACUAGGAAAAAUACACAGAAAAAGCACUCAAAUAAACAACAUGGUGAGAAAACUUGAUUAACAAAACAUACCAUGACACAGAGGUAUGUCCUGGUUGGCAGAAGCACACUGAUGUUGCCUGGUUUCCUCUUAGAUACUAAAGUUAAGGUUGCACAUAGAUCAGCAUGAUAAGAAGUAAAGCAUGUUUGAGAAAACUAUACUUGGCCUGGAUUUUUAAUUUUCCAGUCUGGGAUCAAUAUAGUAAUUCUGAUUCUGAUUUUGAUUCUGAUUCUGUUCCAAAGGGGGUAAGCUAGCUUCAUGACCAUAUGGCCACUCAACUGAGCAUCAAAUCUGUUGUGCUGGACUCCUGUCUUAUUUCAGACUCUGCUCUUCUUGACCUCCCGUGUUUCCUGCCACUGUGAUAACAUGGCAGCGACCUCCAGGGUUGGAAAAUGAAAUCCCCUAUUUAUAAAAGGCCUCAAUUUAAAAAAAAAGCCCCAAUAAUAAGGGUGAACUGAUUUGACUGGCACUGUAACUGUUUUCCAGGAGGCUAAAGGCCUGCCUUAUCUCUGCCUCUAUUUUCAUUUCCACCCCCUUGAAAUGUUCCUACUAGAGUCGGUGAAAGUUAGCUUGAGUGAGCAUUUUCAUUUUCCAUUUUCCAAGAAAAAAGGAGGGGGGUCUGGCUUUAUUUGUUAACUAAAGAUGCUGUAACUCUACAUAUAUAAAUGUCAAGGAGAAAUUGUGUUGUCCAGAUUAUUGAACUAGUGGUAGUUGUCCUUCAGCUGUGUUAUGUUCCAAGGGAGUGCAGUGACAUUGUAACAAUACUUUUAUACAUCCCACCCUAGGCAACAGCUAAAGUUCUGUGUGAUGUUCUCCAUGAUACUGUUGCUAGGAUAUGAUGGAGAGCUGCACACUGAUUAAGGUAGAAGCCAUUCUAAAAAAACAUGGAUCAUCCAAUUCAUAACACCUUGAUGGACUAAAAAGAAAAUAACAGUGGCAGACGGCUCAUCUCUCUUUGCUACAGGACAGAGAGAUUCAGAAGCUCUUUUGUACCCACAGCCAUCAGACUUCUUAAUUCUUCUAUUAAUAGUAGAUGAGAUGAGAUUCCAGACAAAUGAAUUCCCCUUUGGGAAUCAUUUAAGUUCUUGGAUUGUGUUGUGUUGUAUUAUUGUAAUAUGGUCACUGUGCACCAAAUCUGGAUUGUGUAACUCUUAAGACACUAAUGGAUGACAUCACUAAGAUUACAUCCAUCAUUUAUACAACAUAAACUGAUUCAGUUGUUUGUAAUUGUAAAGACUUUAUUAUUCCCUCUGAUCCCCCUUUUUUUUAGGCCAGUGCAUCAUAAUCCGGGGUGACCAGCUGACCUUUUUUGUAUUUCAAAGCUUUCAGAACUUUGUGAUUAGAGAGACUUUGUUUUUCCUGUCUGUAGGUCUGCAUUUGAGUCCUCGUCCUUAUUUUGUUAUGAACAUAUAUACAUCUUGAACAGACAGCAAGUAACUGAUGGCCUACCUUGAAAAACAAGAUUUUUCUUUAAAACAGUGACAUAUUGUGAAAAGGCUUCCUCAUGCCUUUUCACCAGACCCACUCUCCCCACCGUGCCCUGAUUACGUCAAGUGAGUUCACCUGUGCCUGAGUGGUCAGUCAGUACGUUUACGUGACACUCAAUAAAACCAAAUUAUUGCCUUACUCCGAUUAAGACCGGACAACUGAAGAGCAUGCAAACACGUUAGUUUGACUAUAACCAGAGAUUGAGAACUCCAAUUGGAGUUGGAGAACUUUGAUUAAGACACCCAGAUAAUGCAAUUGGAAUUCAGUUUUCUCUACCAUGUAACCAGAGUAGUCGGAGUAGGAUCGGGCAAUGCAUUUGUGCGUGCGCCAGGCCAAUGCAACCCCGGAACAAUAAUACCAGAGAAGAAGUGGCACUUUCAUUUAAAGAACUUUCGACUCAGAAGCAACUGCAACAUGGCUAAAGCACGAAAGAAUGUCCACUUUUCGAACAACGAGGAGAGUGCCGUUAUGCUUUCCGUCCUGACAGAAAUGGACAUUUUAAAGUAUAUGGAUGGUCGCAAAACAGGGAACAGAGACAUCUUUAAAAAAGGCCUGGAAACAGCGCUGCUGAAAAGACCCAUAUUGCCCCCUAGUUUUGGGGAGGAGGAAACGUUCACAUCAAUAAUUUGAUUUUCUCAGCUGCAUGUAUACGCGGACAAGGAGUGAGGUCCAAUUCAGUGGAAGAAAAAAAAAACUGGAUUAUUAGCAUAGUCCAGUUAAGCUGUGCAUGUAAACGCACUGAGUGUGGAGUUCCUGAGUGUGUUUUAAACAGAGCAGCCAGCCAUUUCCAGGUGUGGCUGGUAACAGCCUGCUGUGAGGCUGGAGUUUUCUCCCUUGGUUAGACUUUCUGUUGAAUUCAGUAAACAUUCACAAACAUUAUUCAUAUGUUUCAUAGAUUUUUGAUGUCGAGCUGAAGGUUUUUUUUUUAUUGUAGUGUAUUGGCAAAAAAUUCAAAUAUUCUAUCCAGCUGACAAACAUCCAGGAGGCAGCCAGAAGAGCAGAAGCACCUGACAGUAUGACGCGAACAGUUGUGAAACCUAAUUACAGUAUUAUUUUGACACUGUCAGUGUAAGUCCAACUUUAUGGUAAUUUUUGGAGCUGUUGUUUUCCAGACUGAACAGUUUUGAAUCUGUCAUGGUGAGCACGAUAAGUCAGAAUUAGCCGCCGUGAUUGCAUUAGCCUUUAAAUAUGAAAUGUAGAGGUGAAAAAGACGCUGCCUAACCGUGCUUGAUGAGAUUUCAUAAUGAUCUUUUUGUUCCUGCUUUUUCAGUUUUCCUUGUGUCACGCACACACACACACAGACACACACUCAAACACACACACACACACACCUUUGUGAGAAUAUAUUUUCAGCAAAUGGAAGCUGCAGCAGACUCAAGGUCUCUUGUGAAUGUCUGUGGGAACAGACUGUAAGCACCUGGACAAAAAAGGAGAGACCAUAAUGCCACAGAGUGUGUACGUGCGUGUGCGUGAGUGUGUUUAUUUGUGUAUAUGUGGGUGAUGGUGUGUGUUUCUGUUAAAAAGCAGCAUUAAAAAAAAAGAUGUGUUUCUUCAGCACCAAACUCAACUUGUUCUCUCUCUCACACACAAACACAGACACACUCUCUCUCUCUCUCUUUCUCCCCCCAUUACCCCAUUACACACACACAACAGACAUACACACAAUCCACUAACAAGCAUGUGCACAGGCAUGCAACCUCAGAGACACUUAGAAACCCAGUAGUUAGUUCCUGCGUCAUUACAGUAGCCAUCUGUCAGUACGAAGACACACAUACACCGACCUCACUGUGGGUGUGUGCAACCACCAUGCAAACACACACGCGCACAAACACGAGGCAGCUUGCAUUUGCACAAGCGCACAUUUACACUGGCACAGCCUCACCCCGGUGACCCUCUGUGCCCUGCACGUCCUGCUAGUAGUCUGAUGGAUUUCACAAGAAGCUCUUCAGAUUUUAGUGAAUCCAAGAGGUGAAAGGUUUCCUCUCCUUUCUUUCUCUUUUUUUUAUUUCUCAUUAUCUCCUCUUUCUCUCCAUCCCUACCCACAUGAAUCUGUGUUUAUCUGUGCCUGCCAAAGGCUGAUGUCAUUGUCCGGCAGCAGUGUGUGCUUUCCAGUGUGUGUGAGAUAAAAUGAUGAAUGUUGAGGUAUAAUCCCAGAGUUUAAUCCCGGACCACUCGCAAUCCGCUGCUUGCACAUAUACACACAGAAAACAACCAGAGCAACUCCUCUGACAGACAAGCUCACGGCUUUAUUAAAACAUAAAAAUCAUGCAGGAUUUCUUGAGGAGGGGGUGGAGGACACAUUUGGACCUCCAGCAGUCUUUAAUAAUGAUCUCACAUUAUUCAAAGAUGCCCACCUGCUAGGCACACAAAGAAAGAGAGAGACAUAGAGGGGAAGAGAGAGAGAUGAAAGAUUAUUUAUUUCUCCUGGGUGGGAGACAGUGAGUGAGUGAGUGAGAGUGAGUGAGUGGGAGGGAGGGCGGCAGUCAGAAACAAGCAAACUAAUUCUCACCGAGGAACAGACAGUCGUGCCAGAGCAGGAGCUGCGCUUAGUUCACCUCCCUCUGACGCUCUUUGUGUACCAACAAAGAAUCACCUAGUUUUUUUUUCUUCUUCACGCUAAAACCAGGUAUCAACUCGGACCAGAGCGUUCACAUUUUGGAUAAGGGGGCUGCAGACACAAGCACCCACACUUCUCCGAGCCGAGACAACUCAAGGUAAGGCUGCAAAACUGAAGGCGUAGUGAAAUAAUUUCGAUGCAACAACUAAAUGUCAUCUCCGUUGGCGGUUAAGAGCUUCCGAUAAAGAGAUAAAAAGACGACGUUUGGUGUGCCGGGAUGAUGGUGCGCCGCGGACAGCGCGCGUAAAACAGCUGCAGUGAACAUCUCCAACUGGCACAGAUCAUUCAGAGUAAAGUAUCUGUCUGCUCAUCGUGCCAAGAGAAAGUUAAAGGAGCUGCAAUCUGUUAAGUGUAGUAACUGACUUGUUGAAUUUGUGAGAAUUUGGCACACUGGUUAAAGCAAUCAAUGUUUUGUUUUAUCGGACUUACGGUGGGCUACUUUGGUGUUGUCUUUGUCCUAGAAGUCAUUAUAUAAUAUGAACAAAAUUCCCAGGCUAAUCUGUGUGCUUUUAUUUUGGCAGUCGCGCACUCUCAAAUGGCAGGUUCGGGAUUUUAAAACACACUUUCCAAUUCUGAAAAAAAAGUGUGAUUUUGUUUUUCUUUUAUGUGGCAUUUUAAUCCUCUGAAAAGUUCUCCCAGCAUACUCAUCAGCUGAAGGGAAAAAGGUGUGUCCUCCUCAGGGGAGAAACAGCUUCCCUCCUCACACCUCCCAUCACAACCUGAUCCAGCUUUAGAUCCUGAACUUAUUCACUUGUUAAUUAUACAUCAAACAGUAGAAGCCAGGCAACUUAACUUUCCAUAUACUGGGUCAGCAUAUUGAUCGCAGAAUGUUGAAGCAGGGUUGCUGCUGUUGGUUUCUCAGGUGGACUUAUGAAAGAAUCAAUGCAACAAGCUCUUAUGUUGAAAGGGAAGCUGCAGGUAAAUGUCAUUAUUGCAUGUGCUCAGAGUUUUGCUGGAGUAGCAACAGGAGUAAAUGUAGUUUGAAUACUUCUGCAUCAACUCACUAAAAUGGAUUUAGUGUCUAUUAAAGCCCCAGUGGAGAGUGUAUCAUACUUCAUUUUUUGCAAUGAAAGCAAAGUCCACCCCCUGCUGGCCUCAUUAACUUGUUUCAUAGGAGUGUGAGUGCAAUUUGAUAAACGAGGAGUGCAGAAAAACAUCACAAGAAAAAAAAGAGAGAGAUCCAGUGUCGGCUACUACACCACAGCACCCCAGAGAGAAACUAAAGGAGGCUGCUGAAAGAGAGACGGAAAAAGUGGUGGAGGAAAAGAGGCUGGGGAUGACAAUGGGGGGGGUGGGGAGGGAGGUGAAAAUGUGGUGGGUGCAUAUUUAAGUCAUUUGAGUUGUGAUAGCUGCCCUGAAUUUUCCCACAUCAUUUGCUUUUAGCCACAGAUGGAGGAUGAAAACUCAAUUUUAUGUAACAGGGUGGAUGAGACUAUCUAUCUAUCUAUCUAUCUAUCUAUCUAUCUAUCUAUCUAUCUAUCUAUCUAUCUAUCUAUCUAUCUAUCUUUCUAUCUAAUCUGAUCUACUUCUUUGCUGUCCUUUAAGUCAACCUGUGAGCUGCAGUAUUUCAUGUUUGAACUCCUCUCUUGAGACCUCAUUUGGAGUUUGUGGGGAAAAAAAAGCUGCAGCCUAAAGGACAAAAGGCUCUCAAAUCUUUUGUGUGCCUUUUUUGUUGUGUACUAUGACUGUCUGUCUGUUGUGUACUGUUCACAGCAAAAAAAAAAGCAACUCUUAUCUGUGGAUUUUACUGGACGAGCCAGAUAAAUGGUAUAAUCCAACAUACAACGCGGAUAGCUAAACAAAGGUGGUUUGAGAGAUACACUCUGUAUGCUCAGGUGUGUGUGCAAAUGCGCUUUAUGCAUCGUGGUCAUCGUUCCCUUUGAUUUUAGGAGGAAUGGUACACCAGAUUCAGGUUUUAACCUUCAUCCGUACAGUUAAGCUAGCAUCCUUUUAAAAGUCUGAGAUUCAUUUUGGAGAUUUUCGAUCACUGACCUCAGAUGUGCACUCACACAGCAUCAACAUUUGGAGGAUUAAGUGUUUCAGCAGGAAAUAAACUAACAGAAGGAUGGAUUUGUGAAUUGAAUUACAGUAAUAUUACAGCCCUGAGUUACAAAUUGAGCAAGAUCUGUAUGAUUGAAUGAGAGUACAUUAGUGAAACAUUUAUUCUUCAUUGGGCAAACAUUUGAGUCUCGAUUGAAUCUGCUUGCUGCUGACCUCUUUUAACCUCUGCUAGCCUUUAAAUAUUUGUUCAAGUUUUAUGUGUUUGACUGAUUUUUAGAGGAAUGUCUGCAGGGAAAAAAAAAUGAGUUUGUGGGAGAAUUAUUAAAUAGUUAUAUCAAAGACAGGGAUUCUGAUUCAGAGUGGAAAUAUGAAGUUAAUUCAAAAGGGCCAAGCAGUUACCCUUGUUUCCACUCAAGGCCAACUUUAAAAGCCAAGGAAACCCAUUUAGGCCUAAUGUUCAAAUGGCAAACUUUUUAUCAGAUACAAACAUGCUGAUGAAAUAGUGUCUGAAUAAUUUCUCUGUCUGUAAAAGCUAUACGAGAAGGAUUUUUUAACAUUAAUGUUAGACAUAGGGUGUGGCUGAUUUGAUUGACAGGUAGGUAUGUCAUAAUUAUUUACCUUACAUAUGGCAAGGCUGUAGCUUCUACUUCACCUUUUUGUCAGUGUUGACAUUAGCUGGAAGUUAGACAGUCUCAUGUAUUCCAUUAUGAUGAUCACUAAUCAAGGUUUUGUAACCAAGCAGCAAUCUCGGGUGUUAAAAAUUACUGAAUUAUGAAAAGUUCCAGAAACUGCAAUACCCAGACUGUCCACUUGAGGCUGUCUCCAAAAGCUAAGGAAACCCCAUUAACACACUAUACAGUUCAGUCUUUUGUGGUUUUUUCUCGAUUGUUUCAGCCCAUUUUUGGAAACAGUUCUAACUUUUGGUGAGUACUACCAAACCACAAAGGUAAUUAAUUAUUGUUCAAGCCAUACUAGUUAAAAUAUAGCUGUGUUCUCACAGAUUGCAUUAUAUUUAUGAUAAAAUUACUGUCUUUUAAAAAAGCAAAAUUAAAGCCAACAAACAAAACAUCCUUUAAGGAUGAAAAAACAGAGUCAGUUUAUGUAAAUGAAGAAAAAAAAGAAAGAAAAAAAGGCUUGCACUACUUCAUAGUAGACUACAACACACUCUCAGUCUGGUUUAGGAUUUUUGUUACAGCAAGAUCACAUCUGAUAGUUUCCAUUAAAAUCCUUAGCAGACAAACAAAUCUCACCGUUCACACUCAGAAUUCAUGGCAGAAAAGCACCAGAUUCAUAUCUAUAUGUUCUCAAACUUGACCAUGAUUGGUUAAAUGUGAUCUCUAAUCCAUCCAUUACACAAUCUCACCUAAUGGGCCAGUUUAUUGUGACAGACAUCACAAACACUCUGUGAUAUCCAUAUAGCAUUGACAUGCAUUAAGAUUUAUGAUAGAUUUGAAUGACUGAAUGGAAAAUUUGGAAUAUGUAUAAGCUGUGCAGAGUCAAACAGUUUUGUAAAAUCAAUAAACCAAAUUUGAUGAAUGAGUCACUGACAAGAGAUUUUUGUGCAGAUUUGUAAAAAAAAAAAUAAUAGACCUAAUAUUUGGCCCACAUGGACCAAAAUAGUGAAAUCUUCUUGUUUGAAUGAGAGAAAUCUGAUCUGGUGUGAACAACAAGCUAAUAGUUCAGAGAUUUGAGCUUAAUGGUCUAAGAAAAAGCUUUUCUCAUUAGUAGACUGAGCCAAAGCGAAUGAGAAAUACUCUUACAGCUAAAUUAAACAUAUUUACAACUUAGUACACGAAAUGAUUUUGUCUCAUUAAACCAUUUCUCUAUUCAUUAACACUAAUUCAUUUAGAAAACUACAAGUCUUACAUAAUCAGGCAUGAUUAAGGGUGUGACUUGACUGACAGGUGGACACAUUGAAGCUAUUAGCCAGGAGGCUAGAGGUCUGCAUCAACUCCAGCUCUUUGUCACUUGAUAGAUCAGCCAAAAGUGUCACCAUCAUUGGGCUCCAGAGCGCCUCUCCAGAACUAAACCAUGACAUAACUGAGACUUAAUAGAUAUUUCAAACCAUCCAGGACUUAAGGCUCACUAUCAUAACCAUGCAUACAACCAGGGUUUAUAAUCUGAGCUUUUUUUAAGGGCUUUUUCAACAGCCCACAUUUUUAUCACACUGCUAUUUUCUAUAGACACAUAGAGCCUAACCAGAUGAGACACAAAUUUUAUACAUACAAAAAGCUUUCGUGGCUAUUCCCUGAGUGACGUAACAGGGUUCAUUAAAAGAAGAUCAUGUUUCACUUGGUUGUUUUUAACUGUGUGUGUUUUCCAGCAGAUAUAAUUGUAGUUAAAACACAUUUUCCUGCAGAUGAAUUCACUUUUACUCUGUUCAACAAUCUAAGCAUGAACAGUACACACCGUUCUGCUGACUCGCCUCUUACUUUCACGUAGUUUUAAUGAACCAGCAGGGAGGAUUUCUUCGGUAAAUAAGAAAAUGCUGACAUAGUUUUAUGCUAAAACAAUCCGCGGUUUUGACGAGUCUUCACAUUUCUACAGUUUAACUCAAUGAAAUGGAAGAGUGGGCUUUGACUGCUUACACCAGCCUCUCAACAUAACCUGUAUUGAUCACCCAAAUCCUUCAUCAAGGCUGAUGAAUGUCGUUUUUACAACAGCGAUCCGAUCCAAAUAUAUAAAUGCCUCUUUUUUUAUGGAAAAGCCGAUAAGGGGAUGAGGAUGGCGGAAAGGACGAGUAAUGCUCAUGUUUACAGUAACAGUGGCGGUAUUGAUCAGCCCACAUAUUUCUCAGAGUUGACUCACUGCAGUCUGAAGUGAGAGGUUGAAGGAAAUGUACUUUUUUAAAUAGAAAAUCCAGGACACAAGAAGCAUAAAUAACUUUGAUAUUGCUUAUUGAAUAGCCUGGUCAAUGCUGCAGAGAUAGUGGAGCAAAUUGUGCCAGACCUUGUCAAUAAAAGACAUAUUUACAGUUUUAUGAUUCCGUCAAUAUGAAGCCCAAUAAGAGGGUUUGUGUGGACGCUGCAAUGUGGGCAUCGAUAUCCCAUUAUGAUGUCAUUAUAUAUCAUCAGCUGAUAAAAAAAAUGAUGGAGUAAAUUCAGUCUGAUGUUUCCUACAGAGAUUCUGCUGCUGAAUAUGCACCACCGUGGUCAAUGUGACAUCUCAAACCCUCUGUGUAAUGUGACUUUAGCUCUCUGCCACAAUAUUUGGUGGCUGGUAAUGAUCCUUAUGUGCCACAGGGGCUCAGAGGAAAAUAUUCGUCAACAUUAGCCAAGCUGAAGAAAAAGUGAAAAAAAAACUGUGGCGAGGCAGAAGAGGCGCACAAACUGUAGUGCUUAGACGGCGGAGGAAGCAAAGCGAGGGAGAGAGAAAAAAAAAAUCAAACACUUCUUGUUUAUUUCCGCACACAUGCCACCUAUGUUACAUAAGGAUGAGCUUGAGGAUAAACUGCACAUGCAGCAUAUGUUUUUUUUUUUUUUCCCCUAACUGACUUUGGUGCCAGAGGUUUCUCAUGUCCUGCCCUCCUUGCUCAUCUUCUGCCUCCUUGCUCUCACACACUCCCAUCUCAUCUGCUGGCUGUCUCUUCCAGCUGAGCCCUCUGUCCCCUGCUGAACCCCCCAAUGUGCAUUCUGUCUCAAUCUGUCAUAAAGUAUAUUUAUACACGCAGAAAGAGAGGGGGAGUGUGAUCUAGAUAUCUGUGUAGUAGAGGUUACACAUUCCUGGGCGUAAAUGCAAGAACAGAUUUAGAUAUGUGAGAAGAGUGUGCUUUUAGGAGGAUGUUACUUUGGUGAAACAUCCACUGCCAAUCAAAUCUCAUUUUUAUGUUCAAUGUGUUACACCGUAAUUCUCAGUUUUCUAUGAAGCAUAUUCAAACAGCUGUAACCCAUCCAAAACUCAUGUUAAGAGACAUUAAAGUAUCAAUCAGUUGUCAAAUUGACGCAUUUUACUGCCUUAAUUCAAACCAAAGUCUGCGUGGAUUUGGACUAUCGAACCAUUUCUUUUCUUCUUACCAUUUCUUUUCUUGUCCUUUGUGUUUUUGCUGACACUGUACCAGACUUUUAUUUUCCUGGAGCCAGCUGGAUGCUAUUAUGUAUCAGAAUGAAUACUCUUCAGUUGUUGUUUUCAGAGUUCAAGGUCUCACAUUCCACUUGAAAGCAAAAGAGCACCGAGACACAAUUCAAUUUUUCUGCAAUGGUCACACAACAUUGAGCGAGGCAGGAAACAGUUCAAUGGCUUCAAAUCUUUUGGAGCCAAAGCAACUAAUAUUUUCACUAAUUAUUUAUUUUCGUCCAAGAAUUUUAGGUUCUGCCACAACAUUCAUUACAGGAGUAAAGCAGAUAUUGGCAUGUCAAACAGUGCAACUUUCAAAUACUUGAUACCUCCAACUGAACUAUGACGGUUGUGUGUUGUACAUAUUUAAAAGAAACUCAUUUUCUACAUGAAUCUAAAAUACUAGAUUCCAUUGGCUGACGUCAAAACCAAAACCCAUGGUCAUGUCAGAAGCAGUUCAUGUACCAGAAAGUUUCAGGAAGGCCACUUGAUAAUAAGUGAAAUGUUAGCUAUCCUCCUGAAAUGUUUGCUAGCUGUAACAGCAAGGAAAGAAGACAUGUCAUUCUCAGUGGAGCCCACACCCAGAACACCAAACUGGACAGGAAAGAAAUACGUACACUAUUAGGUCAAAAUAAGACACCAUGAUCCAUGUGCAAACUGUAUAUCACCUUGUAUAAUCAAGAAAUACUUAUCGACUAAACACAACAUCAAUCCGGGUUAACCUAGUGCUGUCACAAUACAUUGGUGUAAUCAGUAAUAGGACUGAAACUGAUUCCUCGAAUACCUCGAGUACCUCGAUUACAAAUAAUGAUCGAGGAAUUUUCUCUGCCUCAAGUACUAGUUUAUAAGCUCAAAUCGACACUGUUUCGCAUGGAUUCUUUUGAAGGUGACACUAUGUGCUUACAUCACCACGGUAGAAGGAGGAGAAAGCGCUGUUUAGGUUUUGCGGUGCAGAAAAAAUAAACGAUGAGAGGGGUUUUUCUUGCAGCGUUGCCAACCUAGCGACUCUUCACACUUCUCUUCACGCUAGCUUGUAGCCUAACAUCGCUGGUGUCGUAGCAGUAGCAGAUAACAUAGGAGCUAUUCAGCUCUCGGACACUAAAGUCUUUAGGGGCAUGAUGAAAGUUAAUAUCAUAAUUAGAUUUCUUACAAGCAUUGCAAUCCGCUAAAGCACACACUUGUUCCAUGAUUGUCCUCUAUUUCGCCAAGCCUGGCCUUCAUAUUGGGGCUAUAGGAAAUCUAACUUUAUAUGAGUCUACCGUUUGGGUCCAAUUGCUCGAGUAAUCGGUAGAAUAUUCGGUAAAAUACUCCAUUAGUAAAAUAUUCGAUAGCUGCAGCUCUCAUCAGUAAUGUCUUCUUUAAAUGUUAAGAUUGUGCUACAAAUUAGCGUGCUCUUGUGCUGUGAGUUCAUGACUGAGGUCGUUCAUACAGUUUGCCACAUGUCACGAAGAAGCAGCAGCAGACUGCCUGUGAACUAGCUUGAAGCAGCUCUCUAAGAGAUGAGUAGAUCCAUUUAAAAACUAAAAUUCCAUCAUUUUUGUUAAUCUAACAUUAGAACUUGUGCAUCUCCCAGUUACUAAAUAGUCGAGCAUUCAUUCUUACUGGCAGUUUAAUUAACGGUUUUCAUCUACUUCCUUAGCCUAUGAUCUACCGGAAGUAGCUAUACUUCAAAAUAAAAGCAUAUAGGAAGUACAGAAUGGUAGAAAAGGUAUCAAAAUAAAAGCAUGACAAACAGUCAAUUUAUGAGGUAAUGGUCACAGUAAUCUUGAGGUGAAAAUAUGAUAUCGUGACAGCCGUACAUCGAACCCAACAUGACUUUUAGCUGUUAACCCUUUGAUGCGCAACAUGGGUCAAAAAAGACCCGGCUGAGUUUAAAUUUUAUAUAUCUUCUCAAAAAAUUAAUUCCAUCAGUCGGUACUCAAGGAAUUCCUCAAUUAACUUGUUUUUGACGACCCUACAUCCUUAUGUUAAUUUUUCUUUUUUUACUUUUAAAAUAAAAAACGUUUUUGUAUCACUACCCCUCUAAUGCACAACAUGGGUCUAAAAUGACCCGUAUCCAUUUUCAAUGUUAUUUCAUGUAUGGCUGAGUGUUUCUAUGGUAUAUCUUUGACAUAAAUUAAUUUUAUCAUUCACUAUUCCAAGUAUGCAGUAAAGAUCUUGUUUUAGUUGAGCACAAAUAAUCAUUUUUAUUUUUCCUUUCUUACGGUAUGAGGAAGCACAGAUUUUGUAUUUCUACAUCAAGUUUACAUACAUGGGUCAGAAACGACCCACAUACAGUGACUGUAGCAUUUAACAUGAAAAGACCAUCUAAUACAUGUAAGUAUGGUUUUUCAAUUGUUCUGACAUUAUCUUAGAAAUUAUUUGAUGACAAUUGUGAAAUAUAAUUGUACAUAGAUUUGAUUUGAUUAGGUUUAGGUUACCUUGAGAGUGAGGACAUUACAUGUUGGAAAGUUACACAGUUACAGGUAAAACAGCUAGCGUUAUUUCAGCUAGCUAUAAUCAGACGCAUGUGUAUGUGACAAAAUGACAAAUAAACAUGUUGCUGAUACAAAAUACAAAAGUGUUUGGCCCAUAGACUGUAUAAAGAAUGGACAGCGUCUGCCUCCUUGCUGGGUGAAGCCGAGAACAGCACCCCCUGUUUACAGGCUGCAGUAUAGGUCAUAAAUCCCGCCUCCGCCAGCAAACCUUUUGGAGCUGUGGACAAACUUUAGAAAUUUAUUACACAGAACAUAAAUUUUUCUCCCCCCUGCUUGUGAUGUUGACAUGAAGUUAUUGAAAGACUGGUUUUUGCUCAAGUCCUCUUUUUUCUGUACAGCUCUGUUUUUAAAAGUUAUUAGGGGGUUCAUGUUUUCUAUGAUUGACACCUGCCAUAGACUGUAUAUAGAAUGGACGCCGUCUGCCUCCUCGCUGGGUGAAGCCACUCCGAGAACAGCACCCUCUGUUGAUGGGCUGCAGUAUAGGUCAUAAAUCCCGCCUCCGCCAGCAAAGAUUAUGGAGCUGUAGACAAACUUAAAAAUUUUAUUACACAGAACAUAAAUUUUUAUCCUUCCUGAUUGUGAUGUUGACAUGUAGUUACUGUCAGACUAGUUUGUGCUCAAGUCCUCUUUUUUUCUGUGAAGCUCCAUUUUUAAAAGUUAUUAGGGGGUUCAUGUUUGCUAUGAUUGACACCUGAUACAGCCUAUGGGCGUUCAGGGAUUGCGUAGCUCUCCCGGGGGAUAUGCUGUUUGAGCCGAGUGUCAUCACAGCGACUCUCUUCAACUGUGCGGCCAAAUGCGCGCAUUGCUACUGCGCAGCGCUGGUUUCAGGAAAUGAAGAAAAAUCCUGGAAAUAUCGAGAGCUAUUUGGCUUCAAAUCUGUAUACAGGCAGUAGGCGGAACAAAGUUGUCCAUAGUAUAUACAGUCUAUGGAUACAGCCUAUGGGCGUUCAGGGAUUGCGUAGCUGUCCCGGGGGGAUACACUGUUUGAGCCGAGCGUCAUCACAGCGACUCUCAGCGACUGCGCGGCCAAAUGCACGCAUCGCAACUGCGCAGCUCUGGUUUCAGAAAUGUAGAAAAGUCCCGUAAAUACCGAGAGCUUUUUGGCUCCAAAUCCGUAUACAGGCGGUAGGCGGAACCAAGUUGUCCAUGGUAUAUACAGUCUAUGGUUUGGCCCCACUCACUGCUAAUUUCAUUACUUGAAACAAAUUAUUAUUAUAGUGUUAAGUAAUUUAAUAUUAAAUCACACUUGAAUGAAUGGGUCGUUUUUGACCCAUGUGUGUAAACUUGAUGUAAUAAUAUAGAAACUUUAUUAUUUCAUAAAGUAUGAAAAGAAAAAUAGAAAUAAUGAUCAGUGGUGAUCAAAAACAAGAUUUUUAAAGAAUACUUGGAAUAUUCAAUCAGAAAAUAAACUUAUUUCAAAAGAUAGAACAAAGAAAAACUCAGCCAGCAUGAAAUACCAUUGGAAAUGAAUGUGGGUCUUUUUAGACCCAUGUUGCGCAUUAGAGGGGGUGUGGAUAUGUUGCGCAUCAAAGGGUUAACUUUGUCAGUAAGUAACCGCAAACCAAAGUAGAACAUGUCUAUUUAUAAAAAUCAAACGCAAUUUAACCUGCAAAAAAUGUAACUUUAUAACUACUGAGCACUCACCAAUAAUAGAAUCACAAAAGUGACUGAAUAAUGUCUAAAUGAGCAGUAAAUCAACCAUGGAGAGGAACAGUAACCUGCUGUAAGUAUGUUGUUCUCAGUACACUGAAUCCAGCUGCUUCAGGCUGCACUACACUUCAAACAUGCUUCCAGUAGGCCAGAGCAUACACCACUGGACAGAACUAUGGCACUGAUGUAACACAGUGCAUGCACUAGCUGUAGAGUUUAGCAGUCAGUGUUUUGGAAACCAAGUAGUGACUGCCAACGUGUUGAUAUAGGUGUACCCUUACAUUUAAGUCCAGGCUGUAAAGCAGCAGUUAUAGUAGCUUUAGGAUUGCUGGAGGUUAUGUGAUGUUGAGGCGGACAUUCAUGCAAAACUCAUGUUGGAUAUUACAUAAGACAAUAUUAGCUGGAGUUAAAGCUACAAAAACAACAAAUCAUUUUCAAUGGCAGAAAUCCCAGAUCCAGGUCACUGCCAAAAUUUUACCAACUGAUCCUUGGGCCAGCAAAACGCUCACCAAACUCCAGCCAAAUUUACUACUAACUUUUUGAAAUACUUCGCAGACAGAGUCAGAGUCAGAAGGGCACAUGCAUCGAGCUAUUUCACUGGCAGAGGUAAUAAAAGGAUCUCGGCAUGUGCUACUACAAUAACACACAGACGUCAGCAGCUCUGGCGCGCACACACACGCACGCACUAGCACAGUACUGAUGGGCUUUUUUUUUUUUUACUUGUAGUGUUGCUCUGGGAGAAUAAAUAGGACUUAGAGGAAACUACCAAACUACACACUCUGAUUAAAGCCAUGAAUCAAAUUCUGCUGAAUUCUACCAAUGAUUAACAGGCAACUCGAACCGGCACGACACAGCUAGGGAGGGAUGAAACUCAUGAAAUCUUCAUUAGCAGAGCUCGACAUCAAGCCAAGGUAAAAAAUCUGUCUUUGUGAAGGUGUUGAGAAUUAAAAAGCCACUGCUCUACAUGUCAAUAAGACAAAGAAGGUUUGUGUCAUUUUUACCCAAACUCAUUUUUUACCCUUUUAAACUCUCACAGUAUUGCCUUCCUUCUCCUCGAAAGUUAUAGUUCAUGAAAUAAACAACCUCCUGAUAGGUUAUCUUGUUGUUAUAUGUCCCCUUAUAUGUAGCUUCAUUUUCAAUUCAUGGAGUCUGUUCAUUUCACCCUAGGUGUUAGAAACACAUCUUCUUUACACCAAAUACAUAACAAGUCUUCCAGAAAUUUACCUGAAAUGAUCUUCACAGCAAAAUAAGACAACUACUGAAUUAUGACUUUUACUGUAUGUAUCAUACUUUUACACUAAAGUGUGAGAUUCUUUGUUUUCAUGGGAAAUAAAAGGUGUGUUUUAGGAUACCCUGUUAGCCAGUAAUCAAGUCCUUUUAUUACAUACUUAGAGAGAAACGAAGAAUUUCUAAUGAGGUCUUCUUUAUGUGUGGCUCCCUGGUGUUAAAGGAAGGAGAGGCAUUUGAAGUGAGAAACAGGGAAGAGAAGAUAGAUUGGAGAGGGAAAGAGCAAUGAAGACGGAGAGACAGAACAAGUACUUAAUUAAAAUUACAUUCAUUACCACUGCCUGUGUAUGCUGUCCUUUCUGUCUUUUUGUCCCCAUCUGUCAUCUCUCUAUCUCCUCUUCCUCUCCUCUUCUGUCUCAUUCCCCCACUGUCUUUCCGCUUUUUCUAAUGCCUAAUCUCCUCACCUCUCUUUCUUCCUGUCACCUUUUUUUUCCCUCUUCUUGGGCCAUCUCUCACUUUCCUGUGCGUCUAUCUUUUCAUCAGUUCUCCACAUGGGUUUAUUUAUCUCUGCUAUUAGACAGUUGGGUGGAUGACUGCUGUGGCCUUUUGUAAGAGAGAAGUCAAGAAGAGAGAGGAGAGACAGUCUGACGUAAUGUUCUCUUCUUUAAAAAGUCCAAGCAGCCAACUCCAACGUACUCCACCUGGCCCAGUUUUGGACGACUAAAGACCACUCACCUGUCAAGUCCACGCAGGAGGAAGCUUGGUCACAGAUUUUUUGGAUGAAACUGGGCUAGAAUCUGGGCCAGCACAGCUAGGACAUAGAUCAGACAAUGACAUAAAUGGUACAAAUAAAAGCCUUAAAUUACUACAAACAUGAAUGAGUGCAAUCCGGAUACAAUUAUAUUAGAAAAGCUAAAAAUAGACGGAUUAAAGUAAUUAUAACUUUGGCAUUCAGGCUGUUAUUAUGAGUAGCAGUAUCUUAUUGCUUGCUCAUUAUGUUCGUCAUUGGGAUUUAUCAUUUGUUCCUUCUCCACCAGCCCCGGCUACAUCAUGCCUUAUGUAACACCCCAAGCUGUUGUAAAGAUGGAUCCAACAAGCUACUGCUCCAUCCGUCCGUCAACUGUGGCUCCCUAUCCGAUCGUAACCACUGCUGCCGAAGCUACUUCCUCUCAUCUCCUGCUAGCCUCUCUCCAGAAUAGCGAUACAGCUAAUGCAAGCAAAGGACAGCUGCGGCACAGCACUUUGUAAUUGAAAACAAUUAUGAGAGAGGCCAGAGGGAACGGUUUGUGAAGAGGGAAACACAUACUGGCUAUUAAACAUACUGGGAAAAUAAGGUGCGUGUGAAAACCAUUGCCACAAUCCCAGCAGGAGAGUGUCUCCUCUUUUGGUUGAACGCAUGGAUAGUUUCAAAAGAUGAUUCUUUGCUUUUGUGACACUGCUUCAAGAAGCAAAGACAGAAAUAGGAAUCGGGAAGAGUUUCUGGGCUGCUCGCUCUGAAGUGAAGAGAUUCUGAGGAAAGAGAGGAGAGAGAGAAAGAGAGAGAGAGAAAAAAAGAGGUCACAACUGAUCCGGAUUUAUUGGCUCAGCUGGUCAUAAAAGAGGCUUUAUUCUCACAUUGCAUUAUGCAAGCCAAGAUCUCUGCUAGCUACAGGUGAAAGAUGAGUAGUCUGCAGACACCCAUUUUCUCUGUCUCUGUGAUUCUCUCUCUCCUCCCUCCCUCCCGCCUUCCUUUUUUCUCCCAGGAUAGAUGAGUUUAAUACCAAGCUGGUUAGAUACAAAAGAUUUCAUCACUUAAGUGCAGUGUUUGCUUUCUCUGACUCAAGUUAUAAAAGUCUAGCCUCUUUUCCUCUGAUCCCACCAUCUCUGCGGCAUUCUGCUGCUCCCCUUACUCUUUUCCUUCCUGCUUUUUUUCCCCCUUUUCCUUCCUUUACCAUUACAGAGACAUCCCAAGGAUUGCUUAAACGCUAUACACAAAGCACAGGCAAUAUUUGAAAGGUAUUACCGUGAAGACACACUACCUCUUGAUAUCUUUGAGUCACUCCUUACCUCAUUCUCUGCCAUAUGCUUGCACACAGAGUACCGGCCCUGCAGAGGCACCAUAGGAAGCAUCUAAAAGUGCCUACAAGACAGUAACAAACUCUCUGAGAAUCACUUACAAAGAAAACUGCCAGCUUGUGUAGCUCUGUAGAGCAGGAUGGUCAUGACUUCACAGUUUUGCCGAUGACAAAUUGGUGUCAUCCAUCAUAAGUUGCCCCAAAACCUUCAAAUGUUGCAAUCAGUGGUAUGCGUUGCUUGUGCUAUUGCAGCAGAAUUCCUCUUUCCAUGUUUUUAUAAAACCUGACUAAACAGUAGUAAGCGUAAGUAGUUGAGUAAUUGAAUUUAUUAGCAAGUCUGAUGGAUAAUCCUCUCUUUAAAUUCAAAGCCCCUCAGAAACAGUGACAAGUGGUCUCUUUGCGUGCCUCUGCAAAGAAACCUAAUAUCAGGAAUUUUAGAGAGUAUGUGUCAGAAAGGGAGCAGGAUUUUCUGAGGUGAAUGGAGAUAACCAUUCCAGUCGACUUUAUUAUAAAAAAAAAAGAGCCAGGGAAGUGAUAGGAAGAGAAAAAAAAUGGUAAGAAAAGCAGCUAAAUGGGAGAAAAGCUGGAGCAUGCUCUGCCUUUGCUCUGACCUGGUUCCAGUUAAUCCGCCUACUUUACACGAUGAACAUUACCUCCACACAGUAUUUAUAGUCUUUUGGUGUGUGUGUUUUUGUGUGUAAGCUUGUGCGUAUGUAUGAAUGUGAUUUUUUUUUUAUUGUAGAGUAAAUGCAGUCACUCCAUGCCACGUAAUGGGUCUGAUAGCAGAUAAAGCUUGAUGAAAAAAGGAUCCAUAUUUAAACCUUUAUUUCGCAACAAACGCAAAUCCCCAUGAUGCUGAGUGUUGGAACCAUUGUGGAGGCACCAUCUGAUACACUGCCUCUGAUAUCGACAAGAUGUUUCAUCCAAGAUAGGGCCAAACAAGAUUAAAUUGAAAGUUCUCUGAUGAAACACAAUAUUGGUAAUUUAUUCUACAGUAUGUCAACAUUGCUUACAAAACAUAUUGAGCUUAAAAGAGAGCUUUGAGAGCAGCUAGCUUGACUGACAGGGGCCUUGGGUCUUUGGCUGCUUUCAGACAGAUUUGGCUGCAAUAAGAAACAGAGCGAUCACAUUCAUUUUGCGGAGGUUUGGUUGAAUUUUUUACAGCUAUGUAAUGUGAAAAUCAUUCACCAAAUGUAUCCUCAGACUUUCCCUCCUUUUUUAUUCGCUCAUAGGUUCCCGUUUCCAUAAAUCUACCAUAUUACACAGCCUGAGCACUCUGCUUUGUUGAUAGUUCAGUGUUUGUAACCUCUGAAUUUUUUUACCCAUGUAUACUGGGACUGUCGAUUUGUAGCUACCUGCCUGCCCACUGAGCAAUAGAUGGCCAUUAGACGUCUAGAUUCUGUAUAUCUUUUAGACCUGUGGUAGCCUGAUUUUAGACCAGCCGUCUAGGCUACAUUUAGCCGUAUAUUAGACCUCUUUUAGGCCCAAAAAAUGCUCAGUGGGUGUAUUUCCAAUAACCACCUGUGUGCUCUCUUUUCAUGAUAUUUAACACAAGUCUAACAUUGAGCAUGAUUGUUACAAGUCUGUCUCAUACAAGAUCAUACAUCCUGCAAUUAGAAGAAGUUGAAUUGGUGUGGUCAACAUUAGCAGAACUAGCACUGCUAGCCCUCAGUCCUCCUUGCAGGUUAACAUCCAAAUGCCCACGCUGGUAUAGCAUUGCUCUGGCAGCAUGGCUAUAAGACAGCCUCCAUGCAACUUAAUCCCAAUUUAUAGAUGAGACCACUGCCAGACUGUUACAGUUUGUCCACAUUAGUGAUGACAUCCAGGUGAUCGAGCUUUGAUACCGAUACCAACUCUAAUACCACAAUACUUGACACUGAAAUAAUACUCAAAUAAUGGUUCAAUACUUGAUACCCAGCAGAUCAGAAGCAUGUCCACCAGAGUUGGUCAUGUUGCAUUUCACAGUUCAUUAAUGAUAUUUUGAUGCUGUGAAAUCACUGAACAUGUCCCAAACUUGUUUUUUCAGAAAAAAAAAAAAAAAAAAAUUGACGCUAUCUCUCGUCAGUCGGUUUCGACCCAUGUCUUUAAUCAGGUGAAAAUUACACUAAAAACAAUUCUCUAUCAUCCGAUUUGGUUCUCUUCUCUAGGUUACCUUGUUGGGCUUCAUUAUCCAUGAAAAUAUUGCUUAUAGUAUUUUUGUUGUGGGUCUCUGGGCCUUUCUUUGUCAGGUUACCCCUCACACAGACAUCCAUACUGAAUUGAUCUUACAUGUCUGGACAUGCCCAGCAUUGCUUUUUGUGCAGGGAAAAACAUGGCAAUGAGAAUUUCCUAAAUCUCACUGUAUUGGAAGAGGAUCUGACUGUCAGUGUGGUGCCUGACAGUGCACAUAUGAUUUUAGUUGUUGCUCUAAUUAUUAGAUAUUAAUCUAACUGGGUCAACAGUGACCUUAACACGACAAGUGCCAUAAUCUUAAUAAGAGCAAAGAGCAAAAGUCUUGAUGCAAAAAAGUUAAUUUAUGUGGUUCUUUUAAGCAUUUAAAACAUAAAUGGGUCGGUGCAGUCCCUAACACAGAUGGAGGGUUAAGCAACCCGACCAAAGUUUUGUUUUUUUAUCCAGGAGCAUUAUGUGCACUACACGCCCUAUUUUGUUUUCAAAAUGUAUGUGUAAAUGUGUCUUGUUUACUAGCCUCUUUGGUUCUUUGUCACUACAGAAUCUCAACAAAAGAAGUGACAAGUAACAUUCAUCAUAAGAGAAAGUUAGACCUCCAAAUAAGAGCGGCUUUCUACAUCUGUUGUUAUUGAUUGCAGGUUUUUUAUGUUCUCAGUCCCUCAGUCACUUACAUCAGAGCCACAUUAACUCUUUGACCUCCAUAUUUGUAAAUUCUAAAACCACGGCAUAAUGAAAGUACCAACAUUUUGGCUUACUGUGAUACAACACUAUUGAAGAUACAGGUUACCAAAUCUGUGCUUUGGACUUGAAAAGAAACUGGACCAGUGGAGAGACAAUUCAGAUUUCAUGACCAAAAAUCUAAUGAUUUUUUUAUAACUAGAGUCUUUCAUCUCCUCUGCUAAAACGGCAUCCCAGUGGAAGGUGCUAGAUCAUCUCACCUCGAGGAUGCUCCACAGGUAUACUGUGAAUGCUAUAAGGUGUACCCACACACUGUUUAAAAAUAGAGAGGGCCUUGACAGUCCUACACAAAGCUUCACAGCCAAGACCUCUCCGUUGAAAUGGUCUCAAGCCUUAUGACUCUUAUCCAAAACUUCAAUCACUGCUCCAUUCUCCUCCUCUUCCCUGCUCCUCCUCCCUACUCUUCCUCUCCUCCCUCUCCAGGGAAAGGAUUUUGCUUCUAUAAGUCUUCUAUCACACUGAAUAUUUCACAAAAGCACUUUUUUUCCUCCUCCAAGUAUACAUACACACACACUGCUGACUUUCUCACGGAAGUCUUCUCGCUUUUAUUCCCUCACGCUCUUCACAACUGUCAUCCUCCAAGCUUUGUCUUUUCCUCUCUCUUUCAUUUUUCCUCUCUUUCUUGUCAUCCUCAUCUCAAUCUUAUUUUUCCUCUUUGUCAGGCUACAGUGCUACUUUCUCCCUCUCUCUUCCUCUCCACUGUUAGGGAACCUCUUUGCUCUUUCCUGUCAAUUUUUUGAAACACAUCUCUACUUUCCUGCAUCCUCCGUUAUGAGAUUUACAGGAAUGCAUUAGACUUAUAAAGCCUUGAAAGGAUGAAGUCGACCUACAUUGUAAUCAAUACACUUUAUGUUGGGCUAAGCUUUCGUCUAGCUUUUUUCCAUGUGUAACAGAGCCUGUUUACCUCAUUCAAGAGUGAGAAGCUCAAAUACUUUUAUCAUGUCAGAUAAUAUACAAAAGUUACCUGUAUUGCCACCUUUUGGUCUUUAGCUUCUUUGCUAAUGUCUACAAUGUGCUCACCUGUCAGGCAAGUGUAGUUUCCAUUUUAUUAGCCACACUAGCUAACGUCAAGAACAUUAUGUUGUUAUUUAUGCUUACCUCAUUCAAAGGUGAGAAGCUCAAAUGCUUUCAUAAUGUGGUACUCAGAUAAUAUAUGAAAGUCACAUGUCAGUAUUGCCACCUUUAGGCCUUUAGCUUCCUUGCUAAUGGCUACAAUGCGCUCACUUGUCAGUCAAGGCUAGUUUACAUUUAAUUAGCCACACUGGCUAACACCAAGAACAUUGUGUGGUUAUUUAUUUCAAAGAAAGUGUAAGCUUUUUAAAGGGACAGUAACUUAUUUGAAGCAUCUCAGACAAAGAUAUUAAGAGUUUGUUGAGCUUGUUGUCAUGUAAAGCUGCUAAAAUGCUAAAAGAGGGAUGAUAGAAAGACCAUAAAUAAGCAUCACACCCCAUCUUUAACCAUAGCACUACAAAGCACUUUAUGAAAUUUCCAAUUGAGUUUGAGCCUUGUGUGUCUCAUAGUGUGAAUCUACCAAGUGUUUGUAAUCGUUUUUAUCUAAUUCCAAGCUAACAGUUAUAGUAGGUGGCGUGCUACUGUUGGCUGAUGUCUAACCAUAGCUAAUGAGUCAUCUAUUGUGUUCAUUUAUCUUGAUAUAUGACCAUGAUUUCUGUCUUCAACAAAUCAGAUAUAAAACUAUUAAAAACUGUCAGGAACUCUGAGUCGAUUUAACUUAAAAUCCUAAAAACUGUAACACUACAUUGCAGCAUUGAAGGUUAUUUUAGCUCCUCAACCAAAGUCUGCAAAGAGAGGAAAAUGAAUGCUGUGUGAAUACUUGUACUGUAAUUGGUGGUCAGGUCAGUUUAGCUUCUUUGCUGUGGUAUAUGCAUAACCAGAGUGGUUUUAUGCAGGACAAGCUGUACAGAUCCUCACUAUAGGGAUAAGCAGCUCGCUAAAGUGUAUGUAAUCAGAUAUGUUUUCCAGAGCAAUUUCUCAGCCAAAGUAAAUUUUCAUUGGUUGCAUCCCUAAUGUUAAAUGAGUCAGUGCAUCAAUGAAGAUUGCAUGGGAAUCUAACCCAGCGAUGAAUUAUUUAUGGGGUGUGCAGGAUGAGUCUAUUUGGUAGCUUAAGUGUGUGUGUGUACGUGUGUGUUUGUGAGUCCUGAAGAUUCAGUACCCCAGAGUUUUAAUAAUGUGCAUUUAGUCUCAAAAUUAGAUUCUUCAUUUUUUCGUCAUUGUUAGUCAGACCUUGCUUCCUGCCUGUGUGUUUUUGCGAUGCCUCUGAGGCUCCGUGAACAUAAUCACAUCUAAACAUCCUCCUGAAGCAUUUAGAGGAGUCUCAUACAGUAAACAGGUGUCACAACAACCACAAUGACUCGCACUGCCGUUUUCCCUGUUCUUCUUCUUCUUCUACUUCCUCUUCUCAUUUUCUCAAUGGUCUGAUUUUGAUGGCAUGCUUAUAAAUCAGACCAGUUAUAUUUGGACUAAAUAAUGCAGUUGGAGACAUUGGAAAGAAGCCCCAUUUGAGGACCUGGUUAAUAUUUCAUACAUAAAUUGAUACUGCAUAAAGCAUACUGUUGAUCUGCACAAAGGUCCAGAGUGUAUAGGCGCCUGCCAUAGCCUCAGGCUAAUUACACGAGAGUCUACACACUGUGCAUGCAAGACUGAACAGGAGCUGUGAAAUUGUAAUGUCAGCCUUUUUUUUUUUUUUUUGUCUAUUUGUGAGUAAUCAGAGAUGCAGACUAUAUCUGGAGUGUACCCACCAAACACCAUCAACACAUUUGUAAUCCUCUGGAAAAACACGGUGUAUGAGCUGUAAGACCUGCACAAUUUGGCAGGAUGAUGUGCAUUAAUAUUGAAAAUUUAAACACGGAGAGUGUUUUUUUUUUUAACUUCAGUUUGACAGAAACGAAGUGAACGAGUCAGUACAGCAUUGUUUGUUAUGUAACAUAAAGCUAAUCUCACAAAACCAGAUAAAAUGAGAAUGCAACUCAGACCACUGGCCACAAGUUAAAAAGAUUCCAACAGGGAGACAAUGAGAGGAGGAAAAAACUCUCAAAAUUCAGCUGAAAUUGGUUUUAAAUUAUGCAACGCAGAAGCACAAUGGUGGCGGUGAUGACUCUGGGUGUUUAAGAUCGUCCCCACUAAGUUAAAGUCCUUUUAUUAUGAACUUAGUGAUGCAUUGGCCCCUGUGAGCGCCAUCCUAAGAGUGACCUACAGCUUUCAAAGGUCUCCUCAGAUUAACAGUAAAUCUCCACUUAUCUUAAGUUACUUCCUGCAACAGAUGGAAUUCGUCGAUGACUUUCUGGAUGAAGCUUCUGGAAAUUGAAAUCCUUGAUGAGGAGCAGCAAUAAGCUAACUACUAGUGCGAAACGAUGGUUUGAAAGUAAUUCCCUGACCUGUGUAUGUGUAGAGAGGCACCAUCUGUGUAUGAUUACUGUGCGUGCCGCUGACAUGCCCAAACUGGCUCAUGCCCAUAAAAGCACUUGUUUCAUGUUCCUCUGCUUCUUUUUCUCCCUUUUCUGUCUCUUUCAUGCUUUUUGACUCAUCUUGUUCGCUGUCUCUCUCACUUUAAGAGUCCCAUGAGACCAGAUGACUUCACUUUCAUCCUUAAACUUGUGCUGGAGCAAGCUUGUUCUCACACAAACAUGCUGAGGUGCUGGUUCAAAAAUGCCAGGGCCCAUGAGAGUAGGGGGCUAGUAUCAGUAACUUGGAUAAAUGAUUUUAAAUUGAAAUUAAAUUGAAGUUGACAGCACUUUCAGUGAGAGAAAAAGAAAAUGAGUGCUACCCCCAGCAGAAAUACAGAUGAAGGUUUAACAGAUGAUGAAAUUAACACGAAAACAUCGGCGGUGUGGAGGUAUUUUGUUUUUUUGAGGUCGGACAUGUAGCAGAGUAAUGUGCACUGCAAAUUAUAUCGAGUACAUGUUCUCACAAAGCCAGGGAAUACCUCAAAUCUUUUUCCCCUCCUGAAGCAAUGCCAUGCAGCAGUGCAUGCACAAUGCAAAAGGUUACAAACCCUGAGUGGAGCAAGAAGUCCAUGGCGCCUGUGCAGCCGAAACAGCCGACCAUUCAGUCCUCUUUCUCAAGCGCAACGUCUUACAACAAAGCGUCGAAGAGACACAAAGACCUCACAGAUGCAGUUGCUUAUUGUAUUGCAGAAGACAUGCUACCAAUAAGCACUGUUAAAUUUCAUUUUUUUAUAUCAUGAUAUAUAUCAAUAUUGACUGAUAUGGAAAAAAUAUAUUGUGAUAAACUUUUUCCCAUAUCACCCAGCUCUACAUACCUACUCUGAACCAUAUGUAAGUCUGUGUGUGUAUGUGCAAUGGUAACAGCUGGGUCCUCAGUCCCUAUGAUGCUCCUGGCUCCUUUUUUUUUCUAAACCGACUGUGUUUGCACAAGUGUGUGAGUCCUUCAGGUGCCAGAAAACUGCGUACGUGAUGGGUAAAAGAAAAUCAACCACCUUUCAUAAAUUCAAGGCAACUCCGAGGGAAAUUUUAAUGAGCAGCCAAAUCAUAAUGAAAGAAAACAAAAGCUGUAUUGUUUUAGAGGUGGCAACAGGUGAAAGAACACUAAACUUUGUGAAUUUAAUCAUCAGUCAGCCUUGAGUUCCAACUCUGAAAAGUGGGAUUUUUUUUUUUUUAAAGGGGUUUAAAAUAAAUUAGUUUUCAACUCAAUGAAAAAUUUUGAAGGAUACUAUUAGCUGUUCUGGUUUUAUUUGUUCAACUGACAUAAACGAUGGGAUGUCAUUCAUAGGUUCAUAACAAACUGAGCCUUUAUUCUAAGCAAAUGUUGCUUCACCAUCUACAUUUACAGGCUAAUGCUGUCCAACAGGUAGCAGUGAAACAACAGAGCAUUAAAACAGCUGACAAUCACAGACUAAAACAAAGAAAUCAGAGUCUCCAGGAUGCAUCUUUUAUUGUCUUUUGUUUUGUUUUUGUCUUCUGAUGCAGUUGUGGAACAGUUCAGGUUUACAGCAUGUUGUCUUCCACACUCCCCGCUGAGGCUUCUAUCAGCCGAGGGUUUUUCUCCAGCUGCUGAAAGUAAGAAUAUGACUGACAGGUGUUGAGGGACGAGCAGGAAUAGACAAAAAUAAAAGAGAAUUCCUGUACUCUGUCGGCAUCAGGACGCUUUCACUCACAGGUGAGACCUUUAUCUGUGAUCUCGGGAAGCAGAGGUGUAACAGUGAAACCAAAAGAAGAGAGAGGGAGCACAGAUUUAUUUGCUGCCGCUGAUUACUUGAGAACAUCGGCUGUGUGUGGAGGUGCAGUGCUAGAGGGUUGUAUGACGGAGUGUCAGAGACUGCUUGUGUGUGUCUUUGUUUUGCAUGCAUGUGUGAGUGAAGGGGUGUAUGUGCCAAAACUGGGGUGCAAAUUGGGCUUCUCGGUAUGAGAUCUCGAGGCUCUUUGCUAGGUGUGUUCAAAAACCACGUUUGGCCACAAAGGGUUGAAUUAAUGCAGGUUUGAUCAAUUAAGGUACUCGAAUGUGCACAUGUGCAAGGACACGCAAACAUGCUUAGAGACAUACAGACACACAAAGUAUAAUGACUGUUGGGAAAGAAGGUUUUUUUUUUCCAGUUUAAUUUAUUCCCCUGAGAGUGCAAACCUAACAAAGAGACCAGUGGCUAAACACAUGUGCAUGUGCAUUUGAAUCUGCACAAAUGUGUGUGAGGGUGUGUAGGUGGAUCGUGGGUAGGUGCAUUAGUGGGUCUUUGCAUGUGCCCGUGUGUAUGUGCAUGUGUGUGUGUGACAGGGAAAAUGAACAGAGGUGUUAGUCUGUGCAUGUUUGUGACAGAGAGACGGAGUUCUCACUUCACAUGAGUGUUUCUCAGUCAUUUCUAAAAGUAGAUUAAGUGCAAGCAAAAGUGCCAACCUAACACACACACACACACACACACAUGCACAGAUUCACACACACACACACACACACACACACACACUAACAUAUUAAGUUGCUUGAUAAAAGCAGCAUCAGCCCCUGGAGGGACUUGCAUUUGAAGUCAUUGAUCCACUGUGUUCUUCCCUUGCGACUGUUUGUGCACACACUCUUCCUGUGCUGUACACUUCUGAGGAGGAAACCACUUGACAAAGACUCCUCUCCGCACUGACCCCCCUGGUAACAAACACACAUGUAUAACACAUACUCUCACACACUCAUAGAAACAGCCCUUGGCUUUCUACAGUGCUUCCCCUGUGUAUUACACAUCAUCUGAAUGUUUUAUACACUCUCACACUUCUGAAACAUUAGCAGUGUUUCCUCCUCCUCUGUGUCCUCUCUCAUGUCUGCCGAAAGCGUUUAUGUUGCAUUCGGUGAGGUGUGCGUGUGACAGGAGUCGACAGGAGCCAUUUAAUUCAGUGGUUUUUAUGUUUUACACGUGAGCCGUGUGCGAUGCAGCCCUGUCUGCCUGGCGUGGCAAUUUUUUUCUGCACCACAAACUUUUCGUAUAUAGUCAAUUUUUCCUGAUCUGCAUGCAUGAGCAAAGUGCAAAAAACUGUCUGUUUAUUUAUUUAUUUAUUUAUUGCUUUGCUCAGUUAAAUGUGGGAUUUACACUGUACUUGUUCACAAAAGAGAGGUAUGGAAAAACAAUAUUGUUGUUCCAAUGCUUUGAGAUGCUAUACAGGUUCAUCAGGAUGAAAAGGAACACUAUAUUGUCUUAAGGCUGAGUAAAGCACAACCUAAAAAUAUCUAAUAUCACUGAAAGUGAUCUUUAUUUUUCUGAAUGACUGUGCAUAGAUGUCUGAAUAAUAUCCAAAAAUGUCAGCCAAUCAUGGUAAUUCAAUAAAGUCUGCUUGGGGGAUUCUUCUGGAUCCCUGUUUCUUUCUGGCAUAUCUCUUAUACAGGCAUUCUGUGUCGAGCCAAGUCAAGUUAGAUUUUAUUUAUACAGUUCAAAACCCACAAAUCACAGUUUUCCUCUGGGGUUUUUCUAUCUGCAUAGCAUGUGUGACACCCUUAGGAAGAGCCACAAAGGAAGCACCCCUUUGCCCCAAGUGGACACAUACACAACAGAAUUUGCACGUACAGUCAAGAGAAGAUUAACAUAAUCACAAUGUAUUCAAAUUCGGAUAUUUAAAUCAUUACAGAAUCUAACUGAACUAUCUAGUCAGGGAAGUUCACUAGUAGGGCUGGGCAAUAAACUGAAAAUUUAACAAUAUCAAAAUUUAUGACAAUUACCAAUGUUAUUUUGCCCAUGUCAAUAUAUUUGGUGUCAAAAAAUUAAAUAAAUAAACAUUGGUUUUUGAUGUGUGUAGGUAGGCUAUGGUCUCAUGUCCCUUUAAGACGCUGUCCUAUGUUGGAGAUGUGACUUCACCCCACCCAGUCCCUAACAAAGAGGGAAGGACAGGUGAGGAGAUGAAGGACAGUUCAAAAGUUGUAGCAGCUGGAGUCGACGAAGUUAAUGUGGGAGGGGAUGAGCAGCUUGUAGAGUAGUUAUCUUCCUUUUAUAGUUAUCGAGGUGAAGUGCUCAAUAUAUCGUGAUAUUGAUUUGAGGCCAUAUCGCCAAGCCCUAUUCACAAGUUCUUUCACAUAAUGGCGUAAAGAAAAUGGCGGCUCAUAGGUUAAAAAAAAGGGGCAAGUCAGCGGUGAAUAUUGUGUUUUCAGUUUUAUGUACAAUAUCAUGACAAUAAUGAUGAUUAAAAAACAACAAUAAAAGCAAUGUAGUGCAGAACCAUGGUCUGGGGGGGGGGCUCUCUCUUCUGUCCGAGAGGUGAUCCUGUGUGCAAAGAUCAGUCAAGAACCCACCAGCACAUAGAGAGCUGCACUAUUGCCCACUGGGGAUCCCACAAGCCGACAAAGAAAACUGACCCAUUAAUUUAAUUAAACCCAGCCUUGUACUGGCAAUAUUUACUGUUAGUCUUGCUUCAGGCAGAAUCACACAAUCCUCUGAGGGCCCAUGUACUCACAGCCCAAAAAUGAUUUGUGCUUUUCAUUUAUAGGAUGUGGGCCCAGGAAGUGUUACACCUGUACUAUGUUGUACAAUACAAUACAAUGUAAUAGCUUUAGUAUGUUAUUGAAUACUCCCAAUCCCUUCCCAUUGUAAUGGAUUUGGGUGUCAUGUUUGCUGCUUUACCUUUUUACUUCCACAUGAGGCUCAUACUUAAGUUGUCAUCAUCAGAAGUAUAUGAUGAAAUCACAUCUGCACCAAGGUGAUAAAAGCUGGAGAGACACAGUGAAUGUCUGGAACAAAGUGGCUCAAAAGUAGGCUGAGUUAACUAACAGCUGAGGUGGAGUUAUGAUACUGGUUAAGAUUAUGGUUGAGCUGCCAAGAAAUAUGGUUUCACAGAGUGGUAUGUAUGAAGAUGGUGAGUCCAGAGAGACAGCUGCAGAAUGGUGACAGCUGAAUCUCACAGUGGUCCUCAGUGGCCUGUGAGUAAGUGGGUGAGUCUCUAAAAAAUGGAUCAACAGUGUGCCCAGGGUUGUCCUAUAUUUGGAGCAGUAUAGUCACUGGUACACUGGAACAGAAAACCCAUUUGUUUUGCAUUGGGUCUUGUCUGAUUGUCUGAUUGUCUGAUUGUCUGACCCCUUGAAAACUACACAGCCACAUCAUCAUGCUCAUUACACAGCUACUUGAUAAGUUAACACUAAAUAACUAGUAGUAUCUAAACAUGGUUUUAUUGAUUUGAAAUACAGGUAAAAGAGCAGAUUCUCAUGGUUUAUACUCAGUUGUGCUGUCAUAACAUUAUUUUUGGGCCUAGUUAACAUUAAAUUUAUCAUUUUCUUUUAUAUCCAAGUCAAAAUAUACCCCUGCUUUACUGUUAUGAAUCAUGUUAAACUAAAUUUAAAGUGACAACGCCAGUGUUUUUCCACAUUACAAGGUUGACCCUGCAGUCACCUCCAGAAUUUGUGACUCUGAACCAAAAGAAGACCCAGAUGCAGACUCACAGGUGGGCAGAUUUAAAGUCUGUUUAUUCCAAAGAGUCGGUACGCAGGAUCCAAAAAAAGCAAGACAGAGGUAUCCAAAUGAACAGGCAAGAGGCUAAGUCAAACAAUACUGAAAAGAGGUCAAAACACUGAGGCAAACAUUAGAAAUAUAUGCUGGAACUCUGACACUGAGUUUAAAUACACCAAGGCAGUGGAGUUAACGAGACACAGGUGAGACUCGUCAGGGUAAUCAGGGGAGCAGGUUACACAAGGAGGAGGAAGUCAAUGGACCUGAAACAAGAGACAAGGUUGAGUAUUAAAAAAAAACAGGAAACACAAGACAAGAAAUAUGAGGAAUGAAAAAAAAAAACUCAACUAAUCAGGAGAUGUGACAGAAUUAUCGUCUGUUGGUUUUCAAUCAGAGUUAGGUAUUUAACACAGCCAGGUGAUCAGUAAGAAAGGAGCAUAAUAACAGGAAGGUAAUUCACCUCUUUGGUUCAGAGUUAAUGCUCGAACUACCAAGGCAGUCAUUUUGACUGCUUUCAAAAUUAUCAAUGUCAUAAAUUUUUUUAAAGAAAACCUAUACACCAGUCGUACCCCAACUUUUCCUAAAUGUGUGUAUAUUUUAUUCUAACAUUGUUUUAUCAUUUAAAUUUCAAAACACAAAAGAGAUCUGAGUACCUCGAACUACCAGAGCAGUCAAAUUGACAAAGGGUGUUAUAUUUCACUAUUUGCUACAUUUUCCCGCUCUUUCUCCUGCUUGAUUGUUUGUUUUAUACUUUAAGCUCUGUGACGCUAAAAUCUUGAUAAAACUUUGCUCAAAACUCAAGAGACUCAGAAAUGACAAGUAGAAGAAAAAUGACAAGUAUGGAGGCUUUAGCCUUGCUCCAGAGCCUUGAUGGGGAGGAAUCUGAUGGAUGAGCAAGUUCAGGGAAUGAUGUGUCUUGGUAUUUUGAGGAAGGUUUUUAGAAAUCUGAUUCAUUAUAAUUUUCAUUUUGUGUAUUGAUGUGUUUUUUUAUCUAUUCCACCAAUUUAUUAUUAGUUUUCAUUGUUGAUUAUCCAAAUUAGACUGAGUGUUAAAUAUCUUCUCAGUCACAUAUUGGCAUAAAAUAUGUCAGAGAAUACUUUAGUGUCUAACUUUUUCUUUGGCGCCACUUUUAGGCAGGCAUUUGUUUUAGUAUGUCUCAGCAAAUCAUGUUGAGUUUUACACCAGCAUUAGACAGCUUUAUUUGAUUUUUAUUUUACAUGGAGGCUAUGUUUAAAUAUUAAGGUAGCCAUUCAGGAAGGCUGAACCUCCAGGCUCCUGUCCUCAUAUCUCUCAGGUCCCGGGCAAACCUUGAAAAAGAAACUUGGAAUGCACAGGAUAGAGCGUGUAAAACAAUGUUGAAACAGCUGGAAGCUUUUUGAUAGAUUAAUCCUAAGUAGAGAAAGAGCAAGCUAGUGCUUUUGUUCAUAAGUAUUUUUACACUUUGCCACACUUACCAGAGAGAAAUGCUCCCAAUGUGUAAAGCGUGGACAUGCUUUAUGCAGUAGAUUUACAUAAGAUAUUUAUGAUUGUCUUCCUUUUCUCCUCUUAUAAUACCCCGCUCAACCCAAAAAUCCCCCCACCACCACUUUCCUCCACUCUAGCUUGCUUUCACGCAGAGCUCUGAUUCUCAAAUUUGAUUUUCACUGAACUCAGAGAGUAAGUGUUUGUAGCUGCCUCCGUGCGUGCAUUUUUGAAAUGUAUAUCCAGCUUAUUCGCAUAUCCUUCAGUUAAGUCAAAAAGUUGCUUCUGCACAAACAUACACACACACACACAAGCAUGCACUAGCCAUCAUUCACUCUGUGUACUGUGUCCAUUCAGUGUGUAUGUGUGUGCCUGCGGGUCUCGCCUCAAGCUAUUCUGGUCUCGGAAGCAGCAAGCCUGUCAGCCAGACAUUGCAUCAUUCUACGUAAGCAGCAGACACACACAUGCACAUACAUACACACAUGUCAAACAAAAAGACAAGGUACUCUGUGGCUCUUUCUCCCUGAGGACGCACUUACUGUGCAAGACCUGCACAGAUCCACUCUCCUAAUGAGGGGACAGGAAACAGAGGACACACAGGAGGGGUGAAGGAGCAGGGAGACAGUGAGAGGUUAGGAAAGAAGUGGAGUGAAGUUUCUAAAGCUGUGUAAGCAUAUUCUGUACGAGAGGAGAUGCAUUUCUGUACAUCUUCUAUGGGUCUGCAUUUGGGUUCAUCCUUCUCCCCACUUCACAUAUGGGCAGCUGUGUUGAAUUUUCAUUGAAGUGUUUCCUUAUUAAGCCUGUUUCUGGUUUUGUGUUUGCCUUGCAGUCACACACACACCAUGUCUCAAUCCCUUUCCCACACAAAUACACACUUGCCUUACAUGAGAGCUGCUAUGUGAGCAAUUAGGGAAUUAGUGUUUGUGACAAGCUAUGGGGAAUUACCCCAUACAGAAGAAGAGGGAGAUGUAAUGGAUAUCAUUGCAUGCACUCAGAUAGAUGCAUGUAGUGUCCAUUCGAUGAUAUCUUUGCAUGCCUUUCUCUUAAUACUUCAAGUUUAGCGUGAGAGUGUGGGUAUUUAGAGCGGUAAUCCAUUCACGCUUGUUCCUUGUCUCACAUUUGAUUUUUAACAAGCGCAAAAAUGCUGGUAAUUGGCCCUUCAUCUGCUACUCCCCUUCAUCUCCCUCAGAUCUUCUCUCCUGUGUAUUCAGUCAUGUCCUCACAACUCUUUUAUUUGUCCCACUUUCACGUCACAGCAUCCUGAUAAGGCCUGGGACCAACCUCGGGCUGCUGCAUGCUCUGCCAAAUAUCAAACACACACUUGUCAGCACAGGCAAUGAGCUCAGCAGGAACUGGUGCACUGAUUUCUGUUUAAUGCCGUUAUGAGCGUACUGGAAAUCAGUUUUUCAGUUAGAAAGAUAUGAAUGAGAAUAUGAUGGGGCUUUCAGCCUCCCUCGUAAAAUGUAUUGUGUUAUUAUUUCCUAAUUACACUCAGAGAAAUUCUUUCAUUAGGUUGUGAGUUGAGUGAAAUUUCCUCUGAAAAAUUUCUUGCUGCGCAAAAAGUCAAUUUCGGUCGCUUAUAUUUUUUGUGCUAAGUCAAGCAAAUUGUGGAUGGUCUUGACUGAUCAAUAUGGAGCAGGCUGCAUCUGUCAUGUCUUGUUAUACACAGAUGAAAAGGCACACACUGGUUUGCACGCAAGAAACAGACUAAGGGUUACAAAGGUAAGAGGGAAAUAUAAGGAUAUGUGAUAGUCAUUAUUGCUAAUCUUAUUAAAGGUAGCUAACCUGAUGUUAAUGAUGGGCUUAAUUACACCUAAGAGCAAUUCUGGGAAAAAGGAAAUUUUCUGACAUUGUACAGUAGGCAGGUCUGAGUGUCUCUUUAAUGUAUUACUCUAAUUUAAUUGCUCUUUAUGCCACAAACACGCACACACACACACACGUUUAGAGGCAAGUGGGACAUUAGCGGUAAUGUCAUUGGGAAUCCUUUUUUUUUUCAAGUGUUCCCUUCAGAUGUUCACAAAACCUCAUGUUUCCCACUCUCCUCUUUAGUAAAGCAUUAGCAUAUUUGUAAUCACCUUUUGGAUGAAGCCCCAAAUGCAAUAGCAGCUUAAAAAAAAGGGGCAGGGACCAGAGAGGGACGAAGGAAACAAAAACUUUUUAAUUUAAUGAUCCAGCUGUCCUGAUAAAUUGUAAAAUUGUACACCAAAAUAGUGAAGCGGUGUAUUGUUGGUUUUGGAGUUAUAGUUUUGUUCAUUUUCAAAACAGUGAGGUGAACAUACUGUUACGUAUCUCUAGAAAGCUCCAGAUGUCGAUCCAUCUGUCCUCAGAGCUACAGCAGAUUCCUCAGAUAAGUUGUGCUCAACAUCAGCUGGUAUGAUUUUAUGGCUAAUGUGCAGUUGAGAUAUAAUUUUAUGGCAGGGCUUUACAACUUUGACAUGUUUAAACUCUGUGUUGUCAACAAUUGAAUAAGGUCUGACUUAAAAAAAAAACUCCUGUAGUAUUUGCCAUCACUCUUUCCAACUCAGAAUUACCCGAAAAAAGCUGUUUAAAUGCCAGAUACCAGAUUUCAGUACCUACGGGCACUGUAUUGGGAGUCCAAACAUUUUGGUGGGAUUACUAGUACCUUUACACCCCGAGUUGAGAGUAAAAUUGAAGAAUUUAUUAACAAGAAAACAACAUUUGUUACAAUGGUUUUAUGGCAUUUUCUGAAACAACUAAACCUAAGCAUUAAACCAAGUUUUAGCUCACAGUAUUGCUAGUCAGCACAGUAGGGCUAAUGAUAGCUAGCUAACAGUUUUGUUAGAUGUUUAUGCCUUUCUAAAUGCUUUGUAUUGAUAAAUCAGGUGUUAGCAAAGGAGCGGUUUAUGCUAACGUUAGCUCUUGUCUAAAGAUAGCUAAUGCUGAGUCAACAUAAAUGUCUCGUUAGCUUUGAAUAUUGCUUAGUCACCGAUGAGUUUUUCCUCAUAGAUCCUAUUAUGAGUCUAACCCCCAAUUUCCACUGCAUCCGGGAUGGCCACGAAAAGGCUGUAUCCGCCAAAUCAUAACCAUUCAAGCCAAUGUGUCCAUUUCCACCAGAUUCUUUUCGUUCCGCUGUGGAUCGCUGGAAUCCACAGCUGAUUGCAAGAGUUCUAUUUUUUCCUGACACCAAAGCAUGCCAGAUAAAUUUGGCACAGAUUAACCCAUGCUGGACAGGAAGUCGGGCACAGAAACAAAAUAAAACAUCCGGCUUCUUUUCAAAAUAAAAUACUCCGUGUUUCUGGUGGAUUGUAUCUCACACCAUGCAAACAGGCGGGGACCAACAAGUGAAAGGUUUAUAGACAGCAUUUUACCCCAAUGACACCAUGGAUUAGAGGAUGCUGAUUUUAUAAGUCUAGAAGUAGAUUUCCUUCUCUGGAAGGACACAAUCUUCUGCUUAUAUAAUUAGCCUACGUGGCUAGAGACAACUUGUUAUCACGCAACUGCACUUGAAUCUGUGGGAUCUUGUGAGUUCUCUGGAAUCUUGCUGUCCGUAAUCCAUCGCGAAAUUUGCCUCACAAAGAGACAAACUGUAGGAAUUGGCGGAUGGCAAAAAUUGCCACCAUUCUGGAUCAGAACCAUUCCGGAUGCAGUGAAAAUUGGGGGUAACAGUGCUGUGACCCAGCUCUGCCAUCAUGCUUUUUAAUUUUCAUAUUGAUCCUGCAACAGGAUCAUAAAUGUGUUUAAGAUAUUUCGUAAAGUUACAGUGUUGUGGAUACAUGAGCACUAAACACUCAGCAGGAGCUUCACACACACACACACAGCACUGUUCCACUCUACCUGCUCCAGUGGCUCACGUUGAUUUCAUGUCACCUCGAUUUCGACCACGUCUUUUGAAACCCAGAUGUUAACAGAGGCAUGAAAAUUGCCUCUUGACCUGGCAAUGUAAAAAUGGUGAUUGUCCACUCAAUCGCAGGUCAGUCAAGAACUUGUGGGACACAACUAGCAAACAAAACCACGACACUAAAACAUUUGAGCUUCCCACUUUCUUUAUAGUGUGUUGUGACAUGCUCACAUUAGCAGGAGACAGAUAUGUGUCACUGUUAUGCAAGGACACUCUCACUGUAUAGUGAUCCGUUCUGAGCUGUGUGAUGUGUGUGCCUACAUAAUAGAGGUAGGUGCACAGUUGUGUGUUAAGUCUGUGUGUGCGUCUAUGUCAGAUGGUCGAGUUCUCAUGGGGCCUGACAUGCGAAGCCUGUCAUCUCUUGUUCACACAGGCAGAAGUAACCUGAGGUCAGCUGCAGACCCUCUGCUGCUCUGACUCCUCUCCUGAGGCAAACACUGACACACACACACACACUGACACAACACACACCCAUACUCAUCUUCUUGUUAAUGUUGUUGUUUAUCUUAUCAAACUGUGGAUUGAGUAACACCUCUUUACAAGGCCGAUGCUGCACCAUUAAUCACAUUGAGCUGCUAGCAGGAUUUGGUGAUGGUAGUGACACUGUUUUCGAUUUAGACGCCACGUUGUUCUGCAUCAGUCUAACAAGGACACGCUGACACAUCCAACAACUUGAUUGACAACAUAGAAAGAUUCUGUGAAAGCAGCUUUGCACUGAAAUUAUUGAAAUAUUUACAUAGCGUACAUUGACUCUUAAAUCAGCUUUCAUCAAGGCAGCUCCUCACACAGAACAUAGACCUUCUGUCAUGGGCUUUGUUUCAUCAGUGUAUCAUUCUCUGUGCAUAUGUAUGUGGUGAUGAGCUGCAAAAUGCACCAUUUUUCUGCCCUUUUUUUUUCUUCUUGUCGGACUGAGUUCAGUCUUAACAGGGUAGGAUUGCAGAGGAGAUGAGUGCCAGCAAAUAGCAGAUUUUCUCAGAAUAACCUUGACGCCAAGAACCUCUGAAACACUUCCCCUCAGAGCUGAUAAAAAGAGAUUCUUUUCCAUUUGAUUCAUUUUGGAGCCAUGCACACAGCACUUGUGAACAAGCACACAGACACACUCUAGACGCGGAGACGUGCGCAAGCCAUUUGAGUUAAGGUGCUGAAGAUAAAGUGUGAUGUCUCGGAUACAGAAGUGUGCCAUCCCACCUGUUCCUGUGUGUUCAUGUGUGCACUUAUAGGCAUGCAUUUCAGAGCCAUAUAGAGGAUGUACAUCAAACCGUUGACGAUUCUGCAUGUAUACUGGCAGAAUUCAAUCCAUAUUCAUAAGGUUAUACAUAUUUUUACAUUUCUCUAUGCCAAGUUUGUGUGGUUUAAAAGUGAACACAGAACAAAACUUAAUUUCUUAUUCCAGUUUUGGGUAUAAUUUGAUGAAAAUAGUUAAAAAUACUUCUCAUUUUCUAACAUAGAUGUUAAGCAGCUCCCUCAAAGGAGCACUGAUCUCAGAUUUUACUCUAUAUCUGCAAAUAGUGCAGAUAGAACAUGAGUGGUAUAAUCCAAAGCUUAGUUUGAACUCUGUUUAAAUCUGAAGGUUGACCUUUCCUCUAUGUCAAAGCACGUGGAAGCCCCCUUUAUGACCCCUUGGAAGUGUGUACUUUUUGAGUGUUUAUCCUGAAAUGUGUUUUUAUAGCACUAAAAAUGGCUCAUCUUCUGUUGGUGGGGGGGAUACUACAUCAUCUCAGACAACAAUACAUUCACAAUCAAAUUACCUGCUCGAUCAAUGACAGUUUCACUUUGGACCAACAAUGAGAAUAAAUGAAGUAAGGCACAAAUGGGACACAGGAUGCUCCAUCAUCUCUGCGUAGCAUGAGUUAGCAGAUUAUUGUGGGUUUAAGCUCUAAAAUGAUCAGAUAACAGAAAAGGAUCACAAGCAUGAGUGCAGAAAUCUAAAGACCAUGUUUGCAGAGGGUCAGUUUCUGCUUAUGUUGUUAAGCACACUCUAAGCACAGUGUUGCAUUACGCUGUAAUUUGCUCUUUUUAUCACUGUUAAUGUAUUUUCCCCAAUAACACGCAUUUAUGCAAAAUGGUUUAUAUAAAAAAUUUUGCAGAGGUUGCGCAGUCAGCAUGCCUCCAAGUGAUUUUUUUCUUUGGGGACAGCCCUUUAUACUCUCAUAAACACCAGAUUAUCACACAAAUACCUGUCAUCGCUUACCUACAUGCACCCACAUCCACAAACACACGCAGUUUCACCUGUGCGAAUGUUAAAACAGACACACAAAGACUUGCAAAGAUGUGAGGUUGAGAAGUACUCUCUUUCUCUGCCUCUGCAGUUCUGUGUUUUACACUUUGUUCUCAUGUACACUAUUUUCUCCCUCCACCUUUUCACUUAGUCACAGCAUACCUUUCUGUUCCCAGCAUUUCUCACCUCUUUCCUUAUCUGCCAUCUUUUCCACUCUUUCCCUUUACAUCUCCUUUCUUCUCAUAUCGCCUCCUACUCUCUGUCAACCUCAAGGUUCGUACUGACUCAGUGUUCUCUAGGUAUGGUGUUUUUUAAAUUCAUCGGGUUUUGUUAAGGGUGAAAAACAAUCGCAAAUAAAAGAAAAAGGACAAACAUAUAACUCAAAGAAAGGACCGGCCCUAAAAUUAUCUUCCUAGUCUUAAAAAUGAGAGUUGGCUCAUCUAAAAUUCUGCUAAUGUUGUAAAGCAGCUGCAGGAGGAGGCUGAGUUUGAUUCUGUUUUCCUCAACUCUGGCCAACGGGCAUUACUGAGGUUUUUAAAAUCAACUGUGGUCCGUUUUGAGCUUUGAAACACCCAUAAGGGUGGAUGUAACAGCAGAGAUUUUCAGCAGUGUCUCUUUUAAGUUGGAGAGUAUAGUGGCCAGCAGGAACCAAAUUUCAGAACAGUAAAAAACCCACAAACUGUGUUGAACUACAACACUCAAAAAAUGAACAUUUGGAAGAAGUAACUGGUGCAUGUUUCUGCUGACCUUUAUUGGCAUGAAUGACAUUUUGUGCUUGUUUUUUGGUGCUGUAGUUCAGUCAGGAUGCUCUUUUCCUGUGCACCUUUUGCAUCUACCCAGCAUCACCUUCACUGUCCUGGGAAUGAUGUUGUGCUUACAUAAUCUUCUUGCAAAACAAGGCCUUUUCAAUCCAAUGCUAAAUUCCCCCCCUUGCCUCACAUGAAAACGCACACAUAAACACACAUGUGCACACACAAACGCUUCCACUCCUAUUUGCACAUGUGGCGUUUUCGCCUCCACCUUUCCCCUUGCUCAAAAACAUAUAUAUGCACACACAUACACACACAGUACAUCCAAGCACUCUGGAUUAGGGGUACAGAUUAGAGAUUAGGGCCAGGGCUGGGAUUACACAGUACUCUCCAGCCCCGCCUCCAUGGUAGAACUAAAACACACAGAUAGAUAGAUGGAUAGAGAGAGAGAGAGGGAGAGAAAGAGGCAAGAUAUGACAUCAUUGAUAUUCUCUCCAUAAUCCUAAAUUGGCACCCGCAAAUUAUCGAGGAUUUCUUUUGUCUUUCCGGUUUUAGCAUUCAUACAAUUUUCUCUAUUUUCUUACAUCUACCCAACCCCCCUCUGUCUUCCCUUCCCUCACAUUCAUCAACGCUUCCUCUCAUUCCCUAUCCUAUCGCAUAAUUCCUGACUUGGUCAAUUUCACAGAUUUUCCUCAAUGAGAUCUCAAACUCCCACAGAGACAGAAGAUAAACAGUAGGUUGAAAUCUGCACUUUAAGGGGCUGUCAAGAAAAAAAAACUGCGGAAAAGAAUGAUCCAGCUUGGUGGAGGUUUUUUUUGUUGUUGUUGUUGGGUGCUUGGAGGAAGAGAAGGAUCUCAAAGACGAAUGGCAGAAGCUUCCAGGGAAUGUGUCUCCUACAGUAGAUGGAGUGUUCACGGAUGUGGGUGAGGAUAGCCUGAGGACUGUGCUAAGACGGUUUAUCGACUGCUGAUUCACAAUCUGGAUCCUUGAGUUUUCUACCUUGGCGUUUGGGACCUCCUUUGGGGUCACAUGCUGUUUUAGUCAAGAAAAGACUGUGAUGGUAUUUAUAGAGUUCAUAAUCAUUAAUGGAUGCUGUGUUUUGCUUGCCCUAGACUUUUUACUAUGAGGUUGUGAGUGUUUUGGAUGUUCAAAAGGUCAUGAACUUGUGAUCCAGAUCCAACACACUCACAGAAACAGACUACAAACAAACUCAAUCUCUUUUUUCCUGUCAUUAAAACCCAGUACUCUCUGUGCUACUCGAGUCUCCAGUGAUUGCAGAAGAUGCCAGCUGCUUUAGGGACACAGGGACAUUGCCCUUUAUAAAUAAAGUUUAACUUGAACUUGACAGACGUUGCACAGAAUCUGCAGACUUUAGCAGAGUGGGGAGAAGCUUAGGGGGUAGCUUAGUAUCUGUUGACAAGGCUGGCAUGCAACCAGGCAGCCAGAAGCGUUAGUAUCCAGAUUCGUUCAUGAGUUGACUUGGCUGUAGCCGCGGUUCUCCAACGUUCGGUUUCUUUUCAAGGCUAAUAGUCGUGGCACUCCCACUGUGCUUUACUUGAAGCACUGUGGGCUUUCAUCAUGUUUCAUCAGUACCUCUUUUCCUCUUUAACAUGCCUGUCCAUGCUGCUCUCACAUCCCUUUGUCUAUACCUAAAGGUGUUAUCAAAAUAGUUCAUGCUUUACUUUUCCUCUUACUGGUGCGAUGAUUGAAAUCUUUCCCCAACUCUACUCUCUAUUGAUUCCUACUUGGAAAAUUACAUGAUUUUAACUUAACACACACACACUUUUUUCUCUGUUUUCUUUACAGGUGAAUGCCGUCAUGCCAUUUGGGUGCCUUGCCCUGCGAGAUGGGCGGAAUUAUGAUAGCAUGUCUGAUGUCACAGACAAAUAUGAGAUUGGACAGGUUCUCAGAGCGUGAGUAUCAUACAGCUUUGUGCAUUGUUUUUCCCUCUAUCUAGUAUGUACAAUUCAUAAGCACAUGCCAUUACCCGCUAAUGUUCUUUGUUCACUCCAUGAAUUAUUUCAAAUUCAGUUACAUCCAUUUCCCCUGCAGAUUUGGUUUGGUAUCUCAAACUGUUUCACUGAAAGAGAAGAAAAAGGCAAAGCAUUAUAGCAUGAGGCUGCUGUGUAUCACACUGCUCUCCAUUCUGAAAAAAAAACAAUUGUCUGAAUAUUUCAGAUCAGUUCACAAGACACACUGAUGGACAUAUUUUUGAAGGGCGCUGAAAUUCACACCCCUGCUUGACUGAGAGGAAGCUUGCCAUUUUUUAUUUUUUUCUUUAAACACCACCUCUCACUGACAGAUUAAGGCACACACACACACACACACACACACACACACACACACACACACACACACACACACACACACACACACACACACACACACACACACACACACAGAAAUACACACAAACACACAAACACUGAUCAGAGUGAAAGGCCAUAUGGCAACAUUAGCAUCUAGGCUGAGAGAUAUCUGCCCUUCUUUUAUGUAACAUGCACACACAUGCGCACAUACACAGGCACACACGCACUCAUACACACACACAACUCAUUACCUCAUAAUUAAAAGUGUACAUAUGCGUAAUACUUGCCCAAAGAAAAAAAGAACAAACAAACAAACAAACAAAAGCAGGAGAGAAAGAAAGAAAGAAAGAAAGAAAGAAAGAAAGAAAGAAAGAAAGAAAGAAAGAAAAUGAGCAUCGUUAAAUAUCAUUAUUUAUUGGGCAUGAAAGUUUUAAUUUGACCGGUAGCUUAAUGUCGCAUUACUUGGAGUCUUAAAUUCCAUUUGUGUGAAAAACUGCACGCCUCAAAUGCCCAGCCGAUGGCUGCAGUAAACCCAUUCCAGAUUUGUUUUUAUGACCUUUUUAUUCCAGCCACUGUCUCUCCACCCUAUUACAUUCUUUCUCAGUAUUUCAUCAAAACACAGAGCACACUUUCUCCCUCAUUUGAAUAUUAUGCUGUCUCCCAGUAAAAUCCAUUGUUUUUGUGCUCUAACUAACAUUUUAAUUCACCUUUUGUGCCUUUUCUUUAUUUCUCUCUCUGUCUGUCUGUCUCUAUUUUUCUGGUCUUCCUGCGUAGGAAGGAGUUCUGCGAGCUCUGCCUGGCUAAGGACCGACAGACAGACAAGGUGUUUGUCUGUAAGAAAUUCCUCAAGAAAGACGGCAGAAAAGUCCGCAAGGCUGCCAAGAACGAGAUCAUGAUCCUGAAAUUGUACGCAGUCAGUUGGUGGUUGGAUGCAUGAUUGAUGAUUGAAUGAAAGGAUGUUUGAUAUUCAUCUCUGUCCAUAUCUACAGGCACAUGUAAUAAGUUCAGGUGUUUGUAGUUCUUUUAUGGCAUUGGUUUUGAAGCUAUAGAGACUUACGCCUACCUGUUUUCUGUUCAAUAGCUAGCAUUAAGCAUGUGGGACCCUAUCCCUUUCAGUCUGUGACCCUUUUAACUUCUCCAUUCCAGAGUCAACCAUCCAAACAUCCUUCAGCUGAUAGACACAUUCGAGACCCGAAAAGAAUACUUCAUCAUCCAGGAACUGUGAGUGUUUCUUUUCUAGUCUUGUUUUACUGUUUAUCUUACCUGUGUAAGCAUUCUCGACAAAGUGUCCCUCUGUGUGGGUCUUAAUUGCAUAUGUGCCAUCAUGUAGGCCUAUCUCAACACACAAAUCCAUUAGCUCGAGGAUAGAGCUGAGUCUACUUUCAUAUCCUUUCAUGCCCUGGUGCUCCCCACAGCAACAGAGGAAGGUGUUAAAUUUUAUGAGAUAUUUGUUCUUAGCAAUACUCAACAUUACUCAGUGCUCCUGAAGCACUACUUUGCCAUAAUAAGGUCUCUACUGAGAGCUCAGGAUCAAUAAAGCUGAGCGGCAACCAAUCCGAAUGCCAUUUUCAGCAUUUGUAACUUUAUCUGGAAGCAAUAAAACUGAUAGAAGCUGAGUGGACGGGAUAUUUUUCUUCUGUUGCCGAUAUUCAGAGAGACAGACUGCGUUCAAAUUGGUUGCAGCGUGCGUCAAUCUGUUUAUUUGCCGGUGUCUGUUCAUAACUCACACGUCUGCCCAGGCAAUAGUUCUCCUGCUGCGGGCGAUAUGUGUUUAUCACACCCAUCGUUUACACGGGCUGCAGCGUUAACCAAGUCUGUUAGAGUAAUGACCAAUAGACUAACUUUUAAUUGCUCAGGAGAGCUAGCUUGAGGCUCGUAGAAGCAGAUUGCUUUGCUAAUGGACAAAAUGAGUAGAGCAGAGGGCUUUUGAUAACCAUGUUAUUGGAAGCUUUAAGUGAACAAUUGCGGUGCAACAUGUGGUUAACAGCCCCAGCAACCUGCAUUCAUUUCUAUCAGUGUACUUGGCAACACUUGCAGUGAUGUUUUCCCACUUGUGUGUGUGUUGGACUCCACACAGUGCCACAGGAGGGGACGUAUUCGACUGGAUUUUGGACCAAGGGAAUUACACGGAAAGGGAUGCCUCCAAUGUCAUCAGACAAGUCCUGGAGGCUGUAGCGUAUCUACACUCCCUCAACAUAGUUCACAGAAACUUAAAGGUAGACUCAAUCAAGGGUUUUCUUUCCCCACAUUACAGCAGGUGUAUGAUUGCAGCCAGUGCCAUUACAGUCAAACAGGAGACAGAGUGGCAACUUACUUCUCCAGAUACAGGAAGAUAAUACAACAAUACAUUUUUUAGAGUGAGUUGUCUUUAUCACCAUCACACCUAAGAAGGUAAUUUCCAGUAUAUAAUCUGCAGAAUCUCCACGGAGACAUUAAAGCGAUGCAUACAUUAGCAUCUCACUUAAUGACUCAACAUUUGAUAACAUUUUUAGCAGGGGAGUACACACUGGCUUUAUUGCUUAAUCCAAUCUCUGGUGAUGCAUGUAUAUGCAGACUGAUUCAUAUCUUUGUCCUUCAUUAGCAACCCAUUAGGAUGCCAUUACGGCAUCUCUUGGGCUUCAUACUCCCUCUAAUGGUAGAGACAGGGAUCUUCUUUCUGUCUCUUUGGUCUAGAGUCGUAUCAUCAGAGUCCAUGAAACUGGAUGAAAAUUACAUUUUCAAAUUAUUGCAGGAGUGAAUUUAAUUCACCGAGGCAAGCAAAGAUGAUUUUUCCUUUGCUCAAGAUGUUCAGUGCCUCCCUCAACUCAGUCCUCAGCGUCUUUUUUUUUUUUUUUGUGGAAAAAUAGAUCACUUUGCUUGAGAUUUGUUUAAGUAAUGCCUCUGUUAUCAGCUGAACAGUUUUAAACAUGAUAUUGGUUUAAAAAAUAAAAAACGCCCUGAGAGUCACCCUCUUUUCUGAGAGUGAACUAGUCUUUAACAAAAGAUGUUCACAUUGAUAUCACACAAUGUAAAAGCAUUUGCUAGAAUUCCCUUUAAAGCCUCUCUUAAAAUAACAAAUGUGUUAUACCCAUAUAAUCACCAUGGUUUGAACAGUAACACCAUCAUGAAUCUCCUGUUUUAAAAGAAAGAAUUGAAACGUAUCAGACUCCCCUUAGCGAUUUUGCAAAAAUCAUCAAGACCACAGGCAUUUCACUGUGCACCUCAGCUUGUCCGACAGGGAUUGUCAAAUGAUUAAAGAAAAUACAACUAUAUGCAGAGCUGUUGUACGCAAAUUUAGGAUCUGGUAAUGUUGCUGCAAUUAUUUUAUAACAUGCACAAGUUUGAAUAAUCGGCUGCUGAUUCACAAAAUACAUCGUCUGAACUGGGUCUGUACCUGCUAAGUUAAAGAUAAAAUAGGGCUUUGAUUCUAGGAAUAUUUGUAUGAGAAUAAUUGUCCUUUUUCUUAUUUUGUUUAGCUGGAAAACCUGAUGUACUACACAGAAAACAACCACAACAAAGUAGUGCUGCGUGACUUCUACCUGUCCAGGUUUGAAAAUGGGCCUAUCACAGAGCCCUGUGGAACACCAGAAUACCUAGGUAAGAUAACCUCUUUUAUUACCCCUACUUUACGCUAUGUUUUUUUUUUUAAAUAUCUUAAUUUCUUUCUGCCUGUCAUCCAACUCCAUCUCCUUUUGUUAGCUUUACCAUUUGAUGUGAGCACAAGCCCACGAGCAUACUAUACCUUUUGAAUUCUUACCUCUUUUUUCUUACGAAGAUUAUACUCUGUCAGGGGAUGGCUGUUAUAAUAAAAACGCAGUCAUAAAAACCCUGUGAAACACGUACACAGAACUGAAAGCACCCAACUCUCACCCUCCUCCCACUCCUCUCUUUUCAUAUCCAUUGAUCUCCUGUGUGCUGUCUCGCUCCUCUUUCGCGCUGAGGUUUGUGCAAGGGCAGCUUGGAGUGCAGAGCUGCGCUCUGGCCUGGUUUUCUCCAGUGAGAGGUCAGGACAGUUAUUCAUAAUGCUUGGCUGAGUAAUUAGACAAAUAAAUAAGGUAUGGGAACAGAGUCCCUGACAGGAAAGGAAUGAGAAACAGAGAGAAUGAGAAAAGAGGAGCUGCUGUCAGAGCUCAGAGGAAUUAUGAAUGUGGUGUGGUUGUUCAUAAUGAAAAUCCAAGCCAACUGCAUCUCUUCCUCUGACUCUCUCUUUGUGCUUUCUCGUCUAUCUCUCAGCUCCUGAAGUGGUGGCCCGUCACCGAUAUGGUCGCCCAGUGGACUGUUGGGCUGUGGGUGUCAUUAUGUUCAUACUGUGAGUCUCCAUCAACAAUGUAAAAGGCUCUACUUCAAUACGCAGGGCAAUUCAAACUGCUGCAUUAAAAAGUUCUGCUGAAUAAUUGCUUUGUUCCUUUAAUAACCCCUAACAUUUACAAGAAUUAUUUGAGGUGUCAAAAACCUAUUUCAGUUUCUUGACAGUUUAAUUACUGCUGUUUACACGCACCCCAUUUCAAUUCUUAUGUGCAUUGUUAUGCAACAAAUACUCAAGAUUGAUUUGUUGUUUGUGUAAACCUACGUGGCAAUAAAACUUCAAGUUUUAUUGUGUGUUUCUCAUUCUGAAAAGUCACUUGCAUGGUGUUUUAAAUAACUCUUCAUCAUUUGUCUCUGUGCGUGUCCCCCUUUCUGCAGCUUAUCGGGUAACCCUCCUUUUUAUGAUGAGACAGAGGAGGAGAACACGGAUCUACACAAUCGUAUCAUUUUCUGCCGGAUUGUUGCUGGUGACUUUGAGUUUGAUUCUCCAUACUGGGAUGAUAUUUCCCCUGCAGGUACACAGCUUCACCACACGAUGGUGCUCUAUACUUUCAAAUCUAAUGAUAUAACGUCAUUGGAACAUUGGCAGGAGGAAAGUAGUUGAUUAUAUGCUCGCCCUAAACAUUUGAAAGAGCAUAUUUAUUCAAAGUGUUAGGGUAAUCAUUUUUCAGAGCUAAAAGUUUAUAAAUAAUCAAUAAUCAACGAUUCAGCACAUUUAUAAAUCAGCUCCUUAUUUCUUUACUGUUCCUUUCUCAGCAAAGGAGCUUGUCUGUCGACUCAUGGAGGUCGACCAGAUGCUGAGGAUCACUGCACAGGAUGCACUUUGGCAUGAAUGGUAACCUUGGUUACAUAAUCAUAAGGGCACAAAGAUUCACACGCUUUAGUAGGUUUCCACUUACUUACAGGCUCUCUGUCACUUGUGCCAGGAUUGCAGGAAAUGGUGCGUCAGAGAAGAACCUCAAGGAUGGAGUGUGUGCCCAGUUUGAAAAGAACUUUGCAAAGGCCAAAUGGAGGGUAGGACUUUAUUUUCUCUCCUUUUUUUUCUGUGGCAGUGAAUAAAGUCACUGAGUUUAUAGUUGAGGAAGCAGCAGAGGAAACAAGGAGAACUAAAUUUAUUCAAAGAAAUUAAUGACGGUUUAUUUGUGAGAGUUUUUCAUAUAAUGGGCUUUUAGAUCAAAUGUGCAAAGGUAUGUUUUAAAUUGUGACGAUGGUGAAAAUAUCAUUGGAGUGGUGAAUGCAGGAAACUAAAAGGGAGGUGAUAACAGUUAAACCAUCUUCUCUCUUCCCCCAUGUGGUUCCCAGGAGUUGAAGGUAUUGUAGUUCAUUAUGAGGGAGAGUGGAAGGACAGAGCUUUGGCAGAGCUUCACUUUCAGUCAGACAUGAGUCAAUAAUCAAAGCCAUCUCCUCAUGGCUGUACAUCCUCUUUAAAUAAAAGGGGCUAACAAUAAACCAAUCAGGAACAAUUCCAGUCAAAACCACGAUCAGCCAAGGGAUGUAUUGAUCAUGUUUGCACUGGUGAAAUUCUUCCCAUCAGCUCUGGUCCUCCCCACUGUCACUCUGCCUAUCCUAGAAGAGAUUCAUCCUCUCUGCCCCACUUUUCUUUAUUGGCUUAGACCCAAAUGUUCAAAGUGGCCCAAUCUGCUCCUUUCUUACUCCUCAUCUGCACUUGACAACAUGACAGCUUUGAUUAAAACAACAUAAUGACCCACAAGUUAGGAGAGUGCUCAUAGCUUUUCUGUUUUUUUAUAUCGUGUGGAUAAGGAGAGGGGGAAAGGGAAAGGAUGUGUAAGAAACAGGCCACUGCGGACUGUGCAAUGACAGUGAUAUAAACUCUAAGGCCCUGUGUCAUCCCUCUUACGUGAAUCCUGGCUCAUUGCCCCAUACUGUAUCUACGUGUAACAUUCAAGCCAUACUUGAAGCCAAGAAGAAGCUGCACAGUUAAGCCAUAUAUGUAUUCAGUAACAUUUCUGUGCCCAAAUGGCUUUUCACUUCCAGAGAGCUGCUCCCAUGGUUUAGAAACAACUUCAAAGCUCACCCUUUUCCCCUUCCUCAUUUGUUGUUUGGAUGUCAAGGAGGUCAGAUGUGUAUAAGGAGGAAGAAAAGGUUGGAUUUACACCCAUCUGUCCUCUCUGUUUCCCAAGUAAACAAGAGAGAGAGGGGAGAGUGAGACUUAGGAUUGAUUUAAACCAGGGUUCAGUGUGUCAAAGCCUCCUGGAAGUAAACAACCAGCACUAAUCUUACUGCACUGUCCACGUCAAACCAAUCACAUCUCAGCACUAAGUAUGGCGGUGCAUUGACAGACUUUUUUUGUCAAAUGCUUUUCUCAGAAGCUUAUCUUUUAUGCUUUUCCAUAACCAACUAUAGAAUCAAGCUAUAUUAUUAUCUCUCAGGGAUUAGAGUCAGUUUAGGGGCUACUUAAAAACAAGAUAUGACAAAUGUUAUUUACUUUUCUCUGCUAUCCUCUCCUUUUUCUGUGCUUUACAGAAAGCAAUUCGUGUCACAACGUUCAUGCAACGGCUGAAGAAUUCAGAGGCACUGAUUGACAGUUCGGCUGAGGCUCAGGGGGUCGAAGAGGCAGGAGAUGGUGAAGGGGGGGUAUCACAAGGGACGAGUGAUGAGGGAGACAAAGGGACAAGUGAUGGAGGGGUGACGUCAAGUAGUGUGUCUUUAGAGGUUACUGUUGAAAGUACGCCAACAGGUUUGGGCCAGGAUGGAGGGAUGGGUACAACUGGGGAAAAACAGGAGGAGAUAAAGCAAAGUUCAAGUACAUGUGUGGGAACUUCACCCUCUGAUACUGAGCAGCCUCCUUGUCAGCAAUCAAACGCGGCCCCCAAACUCUCUCAGGAGGAACCGAGUAAGGUUAGUGCAAAGAAAGCAGCGGGUGAUGGAACUAGAAAAAUUGCCGCUAAUUUGGGUCAAAAUAAAGUUGCCCCAGAAUCAAAACCAUCACCUAUGAAGACGUCUGACCCCUCCAAGCAGUGUGAUGCUUCUUCGAACAGUAAACAAGCUUUCCCCUCCCCUGACCCCAGCGGCAAAUCUAAGAUGGCUACAACUGUCCAAGGUCCUCCGCUCGCUGGUCCUCCGCUCGCUGGUUCUGCCGCUGCGACAGCCUCACCAGAUAGGAGGCCAGGGAUGCAUAAAGACGAAACUGACGGCAGCUGGUGUCAGACUCAAUUACCUGAAGCAGUGGCAGAGAGGUCUGUUGUAGCUGCUGUCACUCCUGCCGUAGGGCCUGCAGCUGGGGCAGAUGUAGGGUUAGGAGUCAGGUUAAGGGGGGAUUCCAGCCCCAUGAGUAGAAGGGACAGGGAGACCAGGAGAACAGACAGGUACAGUGCUGAGUUUGGCAUGGCAAGAGCCGGUCCUCCAACAGGACAGGGUUGUUAUACGGUGGGCAGUUCUGCUAGUUUAGGCCGUCACGCGACACCAUACAACCCAGAAGUUUGUAUGGGAAUAGCAGGGAGCUGCGGGAGUCCAUACAGCACCCUCUAUACAAGUGGAUCUGGGUUAGGGAUGUACGGGACUGGGUUACAUCAACCAGGGGGCGGGAGCAGCACAACAAGCGACUGGCAAAUGGACAGUGUCAUUGAGCAGAUAGAAAAGCAAAUGGCUGCUGUGCUUGAGAAGAUUGAGGGAGAUAUGCCAUCACUUCUGGAGCAAAUCAGUGACUGCCCCAUCGAACCACCACGCGCAAGAAGCACGCACGCCUCACCUGCGAGCUCCCGGGCUCGCUCCUCACAGCACCCCGCCACCACGACCUCGGCCACUCCUCCGCCUCUUCCGACCUCUCCCAGGCCUGCACUACCGUCCCUCCCUCGCCUUUCCAUCCCUCCUCCCUCAUAUCCCCCACCCUCCCCUCCCACACAAUCCUCCCCCCAGGCUGCAGGAGAACAAGAUGACACGGAUGGACAGAGGGAUGCCGCUCGCUUGACCCAGUCCCCCAGAGCUGGAAUGGGCAGGGGACUAUGA